AUGAAAUACAUCGCUGCUGCUGCUUUAUUAUCUAUACGUUUCUGCGCGGGGAGAAGAUGCCGCAACACAGCGCGGUUUGCAGAGGAAUCUCUCCGAACCGGCUCUGCGUGGAACUCGGAGCUGCCCCCGCCCUCUCCGCCGGCGCUGCCUUCGCUGAUUGGCCGAGCGCGCUGCUCCCCGACGACGCGGCGGAACCCCGGAGCGGCAGCCUCAGUUUCCGCCCGGGCUGCUGUCGCCAGCGGACCUAGAAACCGGAAGCGGCCGGGUCCGGUGUCAGCCCCGACAGAGCCCGGUAUCUCUGUUGGGGUUGCUAUGGACGACGGAGCGGCCGAGCUGGAGCUUUUCCGCCGCCGCUGGCGGGCCGAGCUGACUCCGGAGGGCCGCAGGAAGAGCAGCAGAGGGCCGGCGGGCAGAGGCGGCCGGAAAAGGCAGCGCGGCGGGGAUGGCGGGGCUCCGGAGCCCGUGCGGGGCUGGGGCUGCUGCGGAGGCGUCGCUCGGUGGGAGCCGGAGGAGGAGCAGCCGCCCCCGCCGCCGCCCCCGCCUCGGAGGCCUCCCCGCAGCCCCACCGCGCCGGACUGUGAUUUGGGAGCUGCCGCCGAGGCUCGAGGAGCAGGAAAGGAGGACCUUUUGGAGCAGCUCAUCCUGGACUUGGUACGGGAAGGAACGAGGAGUAGGAUUAAGAGCAGUAUUGAGUUCGUUUGGUUUUUUACCACUAGUGGCUACAGGUCAGGGGGAAGCGUUAUGCUUCAGUUAGUAGUAGUAACAAUAACAACAACAACAACAACAACAAUAAUAAUAUAUUAUUUAUAUCCCGCCCAUCUGGCUGGGUUUCCCCAGCCACUCUGGGCGGCUUCCAGCAAAAUAUUAAAAUACAACAAUUCAUCAAAUAUUAAAAGCUUCCCUAAACAGGACUGCCAUCAGAUGUCUUCUAAAAGUCAGAUCGUUGUUUAUUUCUUUGACAUCUGGUGGGAGGGCGUUCCACGGGGUGGGUGCCACUACCGAGAAGGCCCUCUGCCUGGUUCCCUGUAACUUCGUUUCUCGCAGUGAGGGAACAACCAGAAGGUUUUGCAUGCAUAGGGUCAUAGAAUCAUAGGGUUUGGAAGUGAUCCUGAGGACCAUGUAGUCCUGUGGUUCCCAACGUGGGCCACUUUUAUUUUUAAGGGGGACAAUUUAAGAAUGAGUUAUUAAUAAAUAAUAAUAAUGAUAUUUUUUUUAUUUAUACCCCGCCCUCCCUGGCCAGAACCAGGCUUAGGGCAGCUAACACCAAUAAAAUUGCAAUAAAACGUAAAAGAAAAAGAAAAAACAGUUAAUUAAAAUAUGGGUUAAAAUACGGGUUUAAAUAACAGUGAAUGACCCUUUAGGCUUCCUCCAGGUGAAUAGUUCACUUUUUGAAUAAUAAGAAUUAUAUGUCACAGGUUUUUAGAGAUGCUUAGGUGGGGCAUGGCCAAAAAAAGGUUGGGAACCACUGAUCUAGUCCAACCCCUUGCAGCUGUCCCAUACAGGGAUUGAACCUGCAACUUUAACAGUACCACUUUCUAACUAACCCCCCGGGCAUCUGUAGGAAGAUCUUAGAAUGCCCCCCACCCUGUCUGAUAUCCUAGAGAGCGGCUGCCAGCCAUUGUUGGCAAUACCAGCUAAUAUUGGCAAUACUGGCCUAGAUGGAUGCAACGUACCAACCUGGUAUGGUGAAUGGCUGUAGAUCAGUGGUAGAGCAUCUGUUUCUCAGGCAGAAAGUCCUCUGUUAAGCUCCCAGCAUCCCCAGGUAAGGCUGGGAAAGACUUCUUCUCUGAAAUCCUGGGGAGCAGCUGCUGAUGUAGACAUUACUGAGCUGGGGGGCGGGGGGAAUCAGUGGUCUGACAUGGGAUAAGGUAGCUUCCUCUGUUCCUAUAAGUCACCAAAACAGGGUGACAGAGCCCAUACCUAAUAUGUAAGAGGCCUCGGACGUGAUGCUGGGAAGGUCUCUGUCCUGCUGCUGCCUGUCAACAUGGAGCAGCCUUCCCCAGUGUGGUGCCCUCUAGACGUUUUGGACUCCAUCAGCCCUAGAAAGAGCCAAUGGGUGGACCAAUGGUCUAGAUAAAUAGAAGCCUCCAAGAGGGAGGGAUGAAGCAAUAAAACUGCCAGCACAUUUGCAAAGCUAAGCAGGGUCUGGUAUAGUUUCAAUUUGGAUGGGGUCUGUGUACUGAGAUUCCUGCAUUGCAGGGGGUUGGACUAGAUGAUCCUCAGGGUCCCUUCCAACUUCACAGUUCUAUGAGUCUAUGAAUCUUGUGGGGAAGCAUCAUAGCUCAGUGGUAGAGCAUGUGCAUUGCAUGCAAAAGGUCCCUUCCCUGCACAGUCUUGUCUUAGCCUGUAGAGGCUUUUCUCUUACCGGAGGUGGAAGAAGAAACAAAAACCAGUACAGUGGUACCUCGGGUUAAGUACCGUAUUUUUCGCCCUAUAGGACGCACCGGCCCAUAGGACGCACCUUGUUUUUUGGGGGGGAAAUCAAGGGAAAAGUUUUUAUUUCCCCCCCAGGUUUGCACAGCCAUCCCCAAGCUAGAAGAGGGAGACGGAGCGCUCCGUCUCCCUCUUCUGCCUUCAGGGACAGCCUCUCUAGCCUCCGUGGAGCAGCGGCUUGCCCCACUGUCCCCCGAGCUUGUGGGGCUGGCGAUGGGGAGAAGCAAGCUUGCUUCUCCCCACCGCCAGCCUCCAGAUCAGGUCGGGGAAUAGCAGGGUGGCGGCGCGCCGCCUCCCCGCUAUCCCGUGAGCUUGUGGGGCUGGCGGGGGGGGGGUACCACUGUACACUGCAUAAGAUAAGUACAAUUCCCAUAACCCCUGACCAUUGGCCAUGCUUGCUAGGGCUGAUGGGAGUUGUCGUUCAACAACACCUGGAGAGUCGUAGGUUCUCCACGCCUAGCUUAAGAGAACAAUUGUGCGGUUGUGGUAAUGGGAAAUUCUGCAGCAAGUUGAGGCCCUAGGUGGGAGAGGUGGCUCUUCUGCUGUCCCCGCCUUUGGGUUUUAAAAACAGUAUUUUCCUUCCAUUGACUCCAGUGUAAAUACUCAAAGUGAAUGCUAUGCCAGCCCUAGGGCUGUUGUGGUUUUAGGUCUGCAAGGAAACCCUGCUUAGAAUCCCGUGGAUUUGUGUACACACCAUCCUCUGCCCAGUCCGUGGAAUAGUGUGGCUGCACACUUCAAUUGACACGAGGGGUGUUGUUGCCAAUAGUGGAGUAGCCCUUACACUGCUUCUAACUGCCCCUCAGCUGGCCUUGGGCUGACUUUACAGUGUUGUAAAGUACAGUGUGGUGGUUGGAUUUAUGUUGCUUAAAGAUUUAGGGUUCUUUCCAACUAAACCAGUGUGCAUGUGAAAUGACUUACAUGAGUGCAAUGGACCUCUCCAACGUGUUUUGUGAGUCCCCCCCACCCCAUUCCUGCAGAGAAGAUUUGGAGAUGGGUGUGUGUGUGUAGAGACAGGAAGUUCAAUUGCACUCAAAAGUUGAGCCACAAACAGACAACUAUUUUGUUGGAUGCAACCCUUAUAUACUGCCCUUCAGCACAGUGUCCAUUGCUACAGUAUGCAACAAGAAAUUUAAAACUUCUUCCUGCAUCUCUGUUUGGCUUGCUAAUCUUAAAAACUUUCAGUUAACACAAAGGUUAGAAGAAGCUUGUUCCUCUCCCUUCUGGUUAAUUACAUUGUUUUGUUUUGUUUUUUUGUUUUAAAAGCACAGAUUAAAUUUCUGAUGGCAGUAAAUUAAUCCAUUUAGUGAACCAGAGCUCCAUUAGCGCACUGGUGUGUAAAUGUGUGUCUCCAAGGAGCGGAUGGCGAUGUUUGUCUUUUGGAUUCCUGAUAAAAGCUACAGCUAGUUUUGCAAGGGGAUCUUUUUCUUUUAAUGUGCUCUAUAUGCUUUUUGAUGAUGGGUUAUUUCGUACUCAAAACAGCCUGUAAAGGUGAAGAAAUAAUUGUGCAUUACUUUAAGGAUUUCUUCCCUCAAAUUGAAGGAAUAGGAUGCUUCAUCUAACGGCCUUUCUCUGAGGCAGGAUUUGUGUUUGGUAGAGGCAGCAUAAGAUGAGCUAUUUUGAGUAGUCAUUUUCUUCUGCCUUCCUGGGCUACCUUUUGAAUCAGGUCUAAGGGCCAAAGGAGAGGUAGCCUGUUUCUCUGCACACUUGUCUUUCCAUUUCAUGUAUGGAGCUGAACGAUAAUUUUGUGCCAGGAGAGUGAUCUUGUCUGGAUGCUCACUAAAUACGGAGCUGAGCAAAUUUUGUUCACACACACACACAACCUCCUGUCUUCUUAGUAUUACCAUAUUCAGCAAUAUCAAGUUACAGUAUAGGAAAACUGGUGCUAUUAACAGUAAUCCUUCUAGUUGGUUAAUUGGUUUGGCAACUUCCAUGCACAUGACAUGUGAUGCAAAUUAUUUCCCGUGAGAGUUAAAUGAUAACCAAUCAGAGGCAGAGGCAGCUUUGUCAAUCCCAGCAGGUAUAUAAGAGGACGACCAGGCCUGCUCAGAAAAAAACGGGGGGAAAUUGGGAGGGGCAAGGAAGCUCAGCAGCCACCAGAAGGGUGUCUAAGAGCAGGCGGUGCCCCCAGGUAUACAAGCUGCCUUAUACCAUCUGAUGUUAAUGGACAUGACGAAAGUCCAUUCAUUUCAGUGGUUCUACUCUGAGUAGGCCUGCUAAGCCAAAGGCCUGCUCAGGCCAUAGGCCGUUAAACCCCAGAGUCGUCAGUUAGCCAUAGUUUAUGGUUCCAUCUGAACUGAGAAACGAUGGUUACCAGGUUUGGAACAAGACAGCUUCAAACCUUGUUCAAUCCCCAAGUAAAAGGAUUGGUAGCAGGGGGUGGAAAAGAGCUGCUUCCAGGCAGAGCUGUUGAGCUAGGGGGACAUAUAGGAUUGUAUCCAAAUUAGUUCUACUAGAGUAGAACCACUGAAAUGAAUGGACCUUCGUCAUGUCCAUUAACAUCAGUGGGUCCAUUCUGAGUAGGGCUGGCAUUGGGUACAGAUGGUAUAAGGCAGCUUGUAUAUCUGGGGGCACCGCAUGCUCUUAGACACCCUUCUGGUGGCUGCUGAGCUUCCUUCCACUCCCAAUUUUUCCCCAAUUUUUUCUUUUUUUAAUGAGUUUUUUUUGGCACUGUUUGAGAAUUUGCCCAAUUUUUUAUUAGUGCUUGUUGUUGAUGUUGCUGUUGUCUGCUUUUUUUUGACUAUUUUGUUUUGGUGUGUGCCUUAGUCGAGGCUAGCUUAGGCCAGCUAUUUUCAAUAAGUCUGCUCUGAUUAGCAUUGGUUACAACUCUAUGCAUGUAGCUGUGUUUGGGAUGGUUGCGGGCUCUGUGCCUUGCCAGCUUUCCUUCUGCAAAAUAGAUACUUUCCUGUGCCCACAGCCCCUGGGUCCCCAAAAGUUAAGGGCUCCUAUUCUACGCCAAUUCUUUAUAAGAUUCUUUAUCAGAAGGAAGUCUGUGGGCUCGUACAUGCAAAAAAGCAGACCAGCAACUUGUGUCUCUUUCCUGUUUCUUCUAGGAUGUGGAAUUUUAUUUUAUUUUUAACUCCUGUCUCCCACUUCUUCUGACUGCUUUUCAGAAUGAAAUAAACGAAGUUCCCUUCUUUGACGUUCAGCUGCCUUAUGAACUGGCGUUAAAAAUAUUUCAGUUCCUCGGCAGGACGGAACUGGGGAGAUGCGCCCAAGUAAGUCUUUGCCAGGUUUGCUGGUGCUUCUCGCUUCCUUUCUGAAUGUACUACUUGGAAGUAAACGCCAUUGGGAUCAGUGGGUUGUACCGAACUGAGUAGUAAUAAUGCUCUGUAGUAUUAUUUAUUUAUUAUUGCAAUUUCAAAUCUAGUCCUCCAUCAUGUCUGAACAGAGAGCGGCCACAUCUCUCUGUCUUGCAGGGAAGCUGGAGCACUCUGGCAGUAAUUAACACUUUGACAGCCCCCAUCUCCCAGCCAUUGACACCUUGACUGCUUCAUGACCACUUCCUGAGCUACAUGCAGCUCCCAGGAUUGGCUGCGGGGUGGGGGGAAGAAACUUUUGAGACCAAAGUGAACCAGAUACAAAAAGAAUUGAGAGGCUAGAGAGAAGAAAUUUCAGGAACAUUCUUUAGAAAGUGAUGGAAUAUCGACAUAAAACAUUUAACAGGUUCCCCAAAGCGGUCAGUAUUGACCCCCUAGGAGUGAUGGGUCUCUUCUGGGGAUGAAUAAAGACCUGGCUGGUUGUGUGUGUCAAUAAUAAUAAUAAUAAUAAUAAUAAUAAUAAUAGUUUUAUUAUUUAUGCCCUGCCCAUCUGGCUGGAUUUCCAUCAAGCAUAAAAAUUUCCUGAUACAGGGCUGCCUUCAGAUGUCUUCUGAAAGUUGUGUAAUUCUUUAUCUCCAUGACAUCUGAUGGGAGGGUGUUCCACAGGGUGAGCACCACUACCGAGAAGGCCCUCUGCCUGGUUCCCUGUAACUUUGCUUCUCGCAGUGAGGGAAUCAGCAGAAGACCUCAGUGUCUGGGCUAAGUUAUUGGGGUGGAAAUGCUCCUUCAGAUAUACUGAGAUUUAAAAGUCAGCACCAACCCUUUGAUUGUGCUCGGAAACAUACUUGGAAGGCUUAGGAGUGGGAAAUAAGUUUUACAAUGCAUAGUUUUUCAAAAAGUUCGGAACCUCUACAUAGUUCCGUCUUUAUUUCAGACAUUGUGAUAUAUCGGUAUGUUGCAAAGUUUAGCUGGUGAUCUAUUGUGCUGUUGAAAGCCAGAUAUCGCCCCGCCUUACUCUGUACUUAGUCAGAAGUUUCUGCAAUACAACAAUGUUCUCAAACCUUGCUGCUUUAUUGCUUAAAAAAAGAUUGUAUACAGGUAUUUCUUGACUUUGACAUUUUUUAAGAAUUUGGGUUGAGAUCGAUGACUACUUUAUAAGCUCAUCAAGGGGUCAGUGUAUGUGGGCAGUAUAGAAACAUCUGACUUCUGCACAGCUGAAAUGUAGCCCAUUGUACAGAGGUAUAAGUCCCAUCUGCCACUCCAGCCAUUUUUGCUUCUGGCCCUCCCCACCUCUGUCAUGUUUCCCCGAAGGGUUGCCAACAAGGGAGUGCUGAAAAAGCUCCCUCACCCUGGCUUGCAUUAACAGCCUCUUCUGAUCAGGAAAUCAUCUGGGUUUUGUAUUGGAAGAUUUUCACCCAUUUUUAACUCAGAGUGGUAUGCUUUCACGGCAAAGAAACUCCCGAGCAGAAGAAAUGGAAAGGAUUGAGCAGUUCGCAUUGGGGACUUCUAAGCAGGCAGUAGAAGUUUAUAGUGUAAGGGUUUUGUUGCGCCGGGUCAUUCCUUUCUUUCAAAUCACUCUGUUGUAACUCCUGCGAUGGAGAUUUUACACUGAAAUUGUACCCCAAAGUUGUCCAGGCCAAUUGCUUGGUGCAGUAAACUGGCCUUGACUCUUUUCUCCCACUUAAAAAAUAUAUAUAUUAGGAUCUGCUUUUAUUAUGCUCUCUUCUUGACAUUAAGCAAAUGGUGGGCUUCUGAAGCCAUUCUUGAGAAGCAGUCCCAGGAUAUUUAGGAGGCAGCUGAGCAGCUGAGUUCUCUGCGCUUUACAAGGCUUUUGGAACAAGAUGGAUGGCCAAAGCUUUUAGUCAGCUUCUAAAGGGAUCAAGUAAAAAGCAAAGCCAUAAAAAAUAAAGACCGUUUUCAUUUUCCUCCCGGUGCUUUUGAUUUUAUUUUUUUGGCUGAAUGAUGGAAGACCUCUUCUGUUAAAUGGAAUGCCAUGCUGCUUUUCACAGCUGUUGUUCUGUUAGCGUUUGUUAUUACUAUUAUUACCAUUACUGUGAUUCUUAUGGGCGGCAGAGCAGUUUGAGAGUCAGUGAAGUUGCAUUGGUUAGUGUGGACUGGCAUCAUGAGCAAUGCAAACUCGAAAGUUGGGUAAGAAUAAAAGACCUGGAUCCUUCUAAAUAAAAUAGGAAAAGGAAAUUUAAAUUUAAUUAAUUUAACUUUAACGUUAAAAGAUUAGAAUGUUGACAAAAUUACUAAACUAUGGCAACAAAUUGAUUUGUCUACUCAGGUCAAAGUCCUAAUAUGACCAGCAGAUGAUAAUGAAAUAUGUCAAGGACCAGAAAUGUUUUGACCCAAUGAAUCAUUUUCAGUGAUCAGAAGGAAACUACUGUAUACAACUUGGUCACAGAGAAUUUGUCCACUGGGUUAGACUGUCUAAAUGGUUUAUACCAAGUUAGGUUAUUGUUCCAUCUAGCUCAGUAUUGUCUACACUGACUGGCAGCGACUCUCCCAGAUGCUGAGGAUUGAACCUGGGACCUCCUGCAUGCGAAGGAGAUGCUCUGUCACUCAGCUGUAGCUCUUCCUCAUGAAAGCAUAAAAGCAUUAAAUGGCACUCCACUCAAGCUUGCUCUGGUUCCCUUUUAGGAUUCAGUUAAUCACUAAAAUAGCUAUAUAUGUGAGAUUAUAUAACACAAAUUUCUUGCAUAUUUGUACUUAGCUCUUGGAUAUUCUACUGGUAAGAUUUGGUGGAAACCUGGGAAAUAACGCACUGACAGUGUUUGAAACUCCCAUUGUUGUAGGCACAUUUUGCAACAGGGAAUUUCAUUUGCGCGAGCAAUUUAUGAGCACUAGGCACAGUACUGCACCUAAGAUUUGAGAUUAAAAUUGAAGAGUGGAAGGAAUGGAGAACCUUUUUCUGCCCCCCACUUUCAGCUCCUCUCUGAAGUCUGGAGAAGAGACCCUCUUAAGAAUAUUAGGGAGGUGGGCAGGUCUGGGACUAGACCAUGGGAAAAAUGAAGAUAAUAUUUUAGCUGCAGUUCAUUCAUUUUCAGCUGUGUUUUCUUGUUAUAAAAAAGUGCAACUAGACAUUCCCUUGUUGCGCCCGUAACCUAGGUUUCAGCUGCCAUUUAGCUCCUAGCUUUCAUAUAUCAAUUUCUAACACUGCUCACAGAUUUAUUUAUUUUUAUAUUAAUAAGAUGCUUUUGAGUGGCUCAGCUUAGCUUUCAGCAGACAGGCCUCCGUAUCAAUAAAAUCAAGGGUGAAAUUUCUUUCUCUCUUCCUAUCUCUUUUAGGCAGUGGGGGGAAGUCUUUUUUUCUUUUUCUUUUUAAAAAAUCUUUUGGCAUCCAGUUGCUCACCUGUACCCUUAACUCAAGCUGAGCUAGGAAGUUUGAGCUGGAGCCAAAUGCUGUGUGUGUUUGCCUGUGCUUUAAAUGGGAGCAGCGCUUGUAAAGCAGGAGGCUCGAGACGCUUUUUAUUAGCGGUUUCUUGCAGCUGUGCCUCGCUCAGCGAAGCUUUUACUAGGCUUGGCAGUGCCAGUUCCUGGUGCAUUAAUGGGGGUGCCUGGUCAUAGGGCCCCUCCUUGAAAAAACCCAGGUUUAUAAGCCUAGUGGGGCUACAAGUAAUCUGAUUAAAAUCACAGUGGGAUAAUAUUUUUGUUAUGCUUUUUCCCCUCCGUGAGUGUUAAAAGGACCUCUUGGAACCCGAGAAUCCACUUAGGAGCGUCUGUGCUUUCUAAAGCAAUGUUUUAACUUAGAUUUGGCAGUGGUGCUACAAAUGCUUUCUAUGUUGGCAAGCCUUGGCUUUUGUUUUCCACCCCUCUCUUCCUUACCUGUCUUCCUUCCUUGCUUCUUUCCUUCCCCACCCCAUCCUCACUUUGAGGCUGGCAAAGCUUCAUUGUGUUUACUUCUCUCUCUUGUUCAGAAGCCUCACCAAUGUCAACAGACACUUGCUUUAGCUAAAAUGGAGAGCAGAGAAGAGUUUAAUAUGAUUUAUUGCUACUUCCAUUUAUAGACUGCUUUACUGCCUGAAAGACCUCAAAGUGGUUUAUGCACACUAUGAGUUUUUUUUUUUAAAAGUCAAGCGAUUCGCAUAGCAAAAUACACAUACCAUAUCCAAUCCAUAACACAAAACAAAAUUGGAGAAAAGUGCAAGGCAGUAUAAUUAUAUAGUUCCAAACAACACAACAUAAAAUCGUUCAUCCAGUCUCGCUCACCAUCCAUUUCACACAACCACUGCAGCCAUUCGCUACCUCAAACGUCACCUCUGUCUGCCACUCAUACGUGAACCACUCAUAUUCAAGAAUAUUACAACCCACAGGCAAAGGUUCACAGACAAGUGUACACUCAUAAGAUGUAUUCCUGAUAUCUGAAGCAGUACUGGACUCUGGACGAUGUCUUACUCCUCCCAUCUCUCACCUGAGAGGAGCCCAGAUCCGUAGUAGAGAAGGCUCUCUCUCCCUGGAGGGCAUAGAGCUAUUUCCAUCUACUCCCAGAAUUAUAACAUGCACGGAACUGCAAACAUCUCAACAUUUGAUAAAGAAGCAAUCAACUAUGGUAGUUUUCUUUCCCUUUGCUAGAGCAUUAACUCCUCCUGGCAGCUGUCUUUGCAUGUAUGCCAAUGUCUGGAUUAUUAUUCUUAUUAUUAAUUUUUCUUCCUUCUCCUCCUCUUCAUAAUAAUAAAAAUAAAGAAUUAUUGCAUUUAUAUCCCACAUUUUUCUCCAAGGAACUCAAGGUGGUGCACAUGGCUUUCCACCUCCUCAUUCAGUCCCCAAAACAACCCUGUGAGGUAGGUUUGACUGAGAGCCAGUGAGCAGACAUUGAUUUUAAAGAGAACAAGAAAGCGGAAAAAAAUCAUUGUUACCAACUUCUGAGUGCAUUGCAGACGUGGUGGAGACGGUUGGGACAACUGUAGGCAUUUUUGGAUGAUAUGGAAUAUCUAGAGCCAUUUAAAUCUGACUUUAGUCCAGGCCAUGGGACCGAGUUGGUCUUGGUCACCCUGCCGGGAAUGGCCUCUAUUAAUGGGACAAGCAGGGCUGAUCUUGGUCCUUCUCAAGCUUUCUGUGGCUAUUUAAUAUUGUUGAUUGCCAUAUUCUUCUGGACCAACUACGUGGGAUGGGAUUUGGGGGCCCUGUUACUUAUAUGAGCUAGUCCAGAGAACAGCACUGGGAGAGUGUGGUUUGGGGUUUUUUUGGUCUCUCGGUAUUUAUGCUAUGGGGUGCCAUAGGGCCGCUGUGAUGUCUUGGGGUUUCUUAUGGCACACAGAGAAAAGGAAUUCAUUGUAUAAAUUUUCCUAUUUCUUAAGUUUUCCCUGAAGAGAUAACUCUCCCCUCUCCUUUUUUUCUGAAGACUAUUCAGUCAUUCAAGAAAGGGCCAUAACCCAUUGGUUUGAGCACCUGCUUUGGAUGCUAAAGAUCCCAGGUUGAAUCCUCAUCACCUCCAGUAAGUACUAGACUAGGAAUGUCCCCUUUCUGCAACCCUUCAGAACCGCUGCUGGUCAUCGUUGGCCAUGCUGAACUAGCUGGACCAACAGGUUCCUGUGAGCCUCUGAAGCCUGAAGCAGUCCAGCCCAGGCACAUGGUGGGCAAAGUCCCAGUGAUCAAUGGGCCUAUUGUUGAGUCAUGUUAGUUAUCCUUACCAUCUCUGUGGGCCUUGAAGCUCAACCUGCCAGGGGAAGGCUAUAGCUGGAUAUCAGUCUCCAUGGAUAGGCGCAGGGAAACCUACUAGGACAAUUGACUCUGCAAAGAGAAGACUGUGUGCUUCUUGCAUGUAACGAUGGGCAAUUUCAUCACCCUUGUUGGCAAUUACAUCACCCAGUUGCGCAGUUACAUCACAGGAGAUUCAGCAGAGGAGGAGGAAGCUGUGGAACUGCGGGAACAGGAAGAGGAGCGGCUGCGGGAGUGGCGGCAAGUGGAGCGAGCGGAGCGGGAGUGGCAGCGGCUGGAGCUUGAGCGGGAGCAGCAGCGGCUGCUGGAGCAGCAGCGGCGGGUGUCGCAGCAGCGGCGGGUGUCGCAGCAGCAGCAGCAGCGGGCGUUGCAGCAGCGGCAAAGCCUGGCGCAGGAAGAGGAGCAGCGGCAGCAGGAGCUGGCGCGGCAGCAGGAAUUCCGCCGGAGGCUGAGCUCCUGGAGGAGCGACCCCGCUCAGGAGGAAGCGAUACGCCAGCGGCAAUUGCAGCUGGUGGCGCAGCACUGGGACCACUUGGAGGCCAAGGACUCUCGCCUGUUCGCCGCGCAAGAGCUGCAUCGGCACUCGUUGCAGGACCAUCAGGAUAAUGCCAACCUGCGCGCGGAUCGGCGGAUGGAGCACGAGCAGCGCCGGCUGCGCCACAGCCUCGACGUCGCGCGCCAAGACACGGAGAGGUGGGUGGAGCGGGAGCAGCAGCGGGUGGAGGCGGCCCUCAGCCAUCAGCAGCAGCUGGCUAUGCUACACGAUCCACAUGGCUUCUAUCAACCCUUCUAACUCAGCGAUACACCACAAAGCGUCGCCGGCAGGGGGUUGCGUCCGUGAUAUUCCCAGUCGUCCUGGGUGCUGCGUCAGCUGCAGUUGCAUUGAGGGUAGUGGAGACCGAAUGGCCAUUUGUAUCACCCAGAUGAGCGGCAGGCCAUCCUGGAAAGAAGGAGAUGAUCACCACCGCUAAUCAGAGGGUGCUUCUGGGAGAACCACGAUGCACAUGUUGAAACUCCGUUGAGGAAGGAACUAACUCUCCGUGAUACUGCCUUUUGGAACCUUGCCUGAUAGGACUUGGGACUGGGAAUUCCUUGAGUCGUCACCCCUUUGAGAUUGAAUUAGAGGAGUGAAGCUCAUGUGGCCCACCAUUCCUUCCUGUCUUCUUCCCAGUGUUCUGCGCCCCUCCCGUCACUUGCCAUGUAUCCUGUGACCUCAUAAAAGCACACGGAAUGGGCACGACUUCCAUUUAUCCACCUUGGAUGAUGAGGAUUUAUUCAUUGGCCGCUUCUUGGCCCCCACAAGGCCCCCAAAAGUGGUGAACCCUUAAAACAAAGUAUACAAUAAAGUACAAUUAAACAAGCAAAGCAAAGUAAGCGAUAGAAUGCAGUGAAAUGACUUAGGUCAGCUGGCUAGCAAAACAGUGUAAGGCAGCACAGUGGAAGUGCAGAAAAGUUGGGCCUUCCCAGGCUAGAAGGCAAGUGUGGCCUCAACAAGCAUACAUCCCUCACGCUUGAAAGCUAGUAGCACCCCAGGACAGGGGUCGCUAACAGAGCCAGUGUGGUGUAGUGGUUAAGAGCGGUAGACUCGUAAUCUGGGGAACCGGGUUCGCAACUCCGCUCCUCCACAUGCAGCUGCUGGGUGACCUUGGGCUAGUCACACUUCUCUGAAGUCUCUCAGCCCCACUCACCUCACAGAGUGUUUGUUGUGGGGGAGGAGGGGAAAGGAGAAUGUUAGCCGCUUUGAGACUCCGUAGGGUAGUGAGAAAGCGGGAUCUCAAAUCCAAACUCUUCUCUUCUUCUGUGGCAUUCCAACACCCACCAGCUCAAUCCAGCAUGGCCAAAGGUCAGGGUUGAGAAGGGGAGUUUCAGGUUCCACAACCACUGCCUUAAGAUGUCCUCUGAGUGCCCAAAGGAAUCUGAGCUUGGCUUAAAACAGUGGUUCCCCAAAAUCCCUGCUCCCAGUGGGAGACCUGAAAAUUGCUGGUUGCCUUGGCUUGCCCCACUGUGAUUUUUCUGCAUGUUGAAGCAAUUGUAAGGUGCUGUGCUAGUUGCCGUGCGAUUUUUAAUCAUACUUUUCUUGCUGUUUUUAUUUUUUCUAUUGUAUUUUAUUGCAUUAGAAUUUGCCUUCUGCAGAAUUCAGUUUGUCAAACAGUAAAAUACAAUGUAAGAAAUAUAUUUGAAUAUAAGCCGUAAUUUUAAAAAUCCAAUUAAAAACCAGUGUAUUUAAUGCAGACAUGGCACAGCCCACCAAAUUGAAGUUCUUGGACCACGGUUUGGGACCCCCUGGCCUGCAACAUCUGGCCUUCUCCAUGAGAGAUUGCAUCAUGAUUUUGGGAGUGCUUCCCCCCCUUUACUUAGUUUUAUUAUUAGUGUCAUGAACGGAGCCUUAAACGGCUCAGAAUGUCAAUACCUCAAGGACCCCAUACGAAUCGACCCGAACCCUGCAAUCAUCAUUUGAGACUGUUAUUCAUGUGCUCCCUCUACGAGAGGUCCAGAGGGUAGCAGCAUGAUAGCGAGUCUUCUCUGCGGUGAGAUUUCUUGCUGCAUGUAUCUGGGGCUCAGAGCAACAGGAGCAAGCCCACAUUAAUCUCUGCUGCUGAUGGAGAAGGGCCGUAGCUCAGUGACAGAACAUCUGCUUUGAAUGUAGAAGACCCCAGGUUCAGUCCCCAGUAUAUCCAAGGUGGGGCUGGGAGGGAGCCUCGUCUGAAACCCUGGAGAGCCCCUGCCUGCCUGUGUUGACAGUGCUGAGCUAGAUGGACCCAUGGUCUGAAUCUUAAGUAUAAGGCAAUUCUCUAUCAUCCUGAAAACCAGAGUGGGCAGAAACAUGGCAGUAAAACUGUGGGCGAUUUAAAACAGAAAAAACACACACAUGGUGGAAAAACCAUAAGGCAAAUCAGCCUGUCGGGCGAAAGGCCUGUCUGAAUCAUAUCUUUUUUUUUUUUUUAAAAAAAGACAUUUACUUGUUCUUUGGAAGGUUUCCAGAGAGGGUUAGAUGAGGCCUGGUCUCAGAAAAGGAACUCCAAAGCACAGGAGCAGCCAGUGAGAAGUUAUUCUCUGCCCCCCCCCUCCCAGGUGUGCAUCAUGUUCCUUAAACCCCGGGUAGCCACCAUCCAGAUAUUUCUGGAGUGCAGCUCCCAUGACCUCUGACCCCUGGCCAUUUCGGCUGAGGCUGAUGGGAACUGUAGUACAGAAAGACCUGGAGCGCGACACGCCAGCUGUCCCUAGAUUAAAUGCCCCCCCCCCCGCCGGUCUGAUUCAGCAGAGCAUUUGUGUUUUUCAUAUCUCUACAGCAUGGGUAGGCAAACUAAGGCCCAGGGGCCAGAUCCGGCCCAAUCGCCUUGUAAAUCCGGCCCGUGGACGGUCCGGGAAUCUGUGUGUUUUUACAGGAGUAGAAUGUGUCCUUUUAUUUAAAAUGCAUCUCUGGGUUAUUUGUGGGGCGUAGGAAUUCGUUCAUCCCCCCCCCAAAUAUAGUCCAGCCCCUCACAAGGUCUGAGGGACAGUGGACUGGCCCUCUGCUGAAAAAGUUUGCUGACCCCUGAUCUACAGCAUAUGGCAUGACAGAGAGAGAGAGAGAGAGAGAGAGAGAGAGAGAGAGCAGGCAGUGAGCUGCAAUUUAACUAAAGUGGCCGAUAAGCCCACAUGAAGGUUUAUUCUGGGGGGAAUAACAGCAGAGAGGAACAAAGGGACUUUAUGCUACCUUCUGUGUAGACCUGCCUGAAUGUUAAGGUGGAGGUGGGGUACUGUUCUUAGGUGACACAUAGCAGGGCCUUCUCUGUGUUGGUAUCCUGUUUAUUGAAAUAUCUCCCUUUGGAGGUGUGUCUGGCACCAUCAUUUUACUUAUUUCAACCAUUGGGCAGGAUGCAUCUCUUCACCCAGGUUUUGAGGAGCCAAUGAAUUAUUUUAGAUUGGGUUUUGUGCGUCCCCUCCCUUUCCCCCCUUUUUUGCGCUGUCAUAAUCUUUAUGCUAUAAUUGUACUUUUAAGUCAAGAGUCCUCAACCUUUUCAGACCGGUGACCCACCUUUAGCCCAAACAUGCAUUUGGGAAUUAAUUUUACACUGUAUAGUUCUACUGCAGUAAUGUUGCUGCUCUGCCCCCCUGGAGGGUCUCUACCCCACUGGCUGAGGACUGAUGGUCAGGGUAGAAAAGGAAUCGGAAGUGGAGGGAAAGGAGAGCAAGUUCAUUUUCCAGUAGCAUCAAGAGCUGCAAUGAAUAGGCGUUGGAAGGGUCAAGAUCUACACAAAAUCUUUAUUGAACCACUUUUAUUAAAUCUGCCAGGACGAUCAGGUGCAUCUAUCACUCUCAGUGUUGCCAAGCAAAAACCACCAAGAACUGACCCCAGACACUUUGUAAUUUUCCUCUUUGGAGUUUGUGACAUGACUACAACUUUUAAGAUGUUGGUGCCCUUGUUACUCUGUGCUACUUUUAUUUAUUGUUUUCAACGCUACUAGACCCAUCUGGACAACAUGUUCCAUACACUUCUUAUUUUGCUUCUUUAAUUCUGGCCAUGAUCAAUAAAGAUUUGAUUUGAUGUGCUUUGGAAGGAUUUCCAAUAAAUGACCUUGCACACUGGUACCAAAAGAUGGUGGUGCGUUGCUUUAUUAGACAAGCUCACACAAGGAGUGAGACUUGCUGGAUGUUUUACUGAGUAUGCAGGAGUUAAGUGCACCUGACUAUCCCUCGCCUGCAGCAUAUUCUCAUUUGUAGUUUUGGUUUGGGAGGGAGCAACAAGUCAGCCCAGAACCUGUAAGGAAGCUGCUUAUUAAUUUGAAACUGCCAGUAAACCAGUUUGUAUUUACCUGUCUCUUCCAUUCUUCCAAUUGACUGUGGAACAGUGUAUGAGUUAUUUGUAACAAUCCUUGAGUCUGCUUUCUAAGAAAAUAAGAAGAGCGUGCUGGAUCAGGCCAGUGGCCCUCCUAGUCCAGCAUCCUGUUCUCACAGUGGCGAACCAGAUGCCUGUAGGAAACCUGUAGGCAGGAUCUGAGCAUGACAGCAACUCUACCCUCUCAGGUGGGGAAGGGAGACCAUUAUAACACAGCACAGCCAAACUUCACUUUUAACUCCAUGCAUGAAGAUGCUGCCAGCCUCCAACAAACGUACUGUCUGGAGCUGAUACCUGUCUUGCUGCUUUUAGGUUAGCAAGCCCUGGAAGGUCCUUGCAGAAGACCAGCUCCUUUGGUUCCGGUUGUGCCAAAAAGAAGGUUACCUGCCCAACAGUCAAAUAUCUGAUUCUCCUUUCUGGAAAAGGACCCUCCGGGAAUGCCGGGAGAAGGAGCAGGUUUUAAGAACCAACUGGAAGGUAAACUCUGCGGGGGAUUCUUCUUUUGGAAUCCAUUAUGACUCUAUUAGGCAGGGGUGGGGGACCUGUUUUAGCCUGAGGGUUGCAUGCUUGUGACAGGCUGGGCCAGGGGCAGAAGUCAGCAGAGUGAGGAAUGGAAAUUUUAACCUUGUAUAAUAAGCUAGUUCCUAUAAAGCAAGAAAAGGGGGGCCACUCUUAUGCUACCCUUAUGCUAUUCAUAUAAUCAGUUAUCAGUAAUCAGUAUAUUCAUAUAUGCUCACAUAUAACAGGGCUUACAGUGAAUUUUAUAAUCCAUUUUGAAUCAAAGGAAAGCUUUGCCUAAGCUAACUGCAAACUGCUUGGAACCGCAAGUCCAGAACUGACCUUUCACCUAGUAACAUCCUGUACCCUGAAGGAAAGGGGAAGACAUGAAUCAGAGACACUGGUACAAAAUCCCCCUCAAAUGCAGGCUAAAAUAGUCCACAGAACAGGAAGGGCCAAACCACAAAACUUGGGGGAGGUAAGGCCAGGAGAUUCCCUGAGUCUCAUUUCCUUGUUCUGUCCAAACUAGGGAAAAGGUCAGACUGCGCAUCAUUUGUGCAGACAAUGGAAAGCAGAAGUUAGGGAGUGAACUCUGCGCAAGGCUAGGAGCCUGGCAGAUGCACGCUAAUUGGUUAUUCUUCGCUGGCGUCCAUGACGGUCUCAUGAUCUGUGAUUUGCUCAGGUAUAAAGACCUCAGGAUUUGUAUGCUUCGGGGUCCCAGUCUUUUGGAAAAGAUUCCAACUGGGUCCAUUAUUGCUCAGCAAUAAAACCUCACCUUCUUUUUCUCCAAAAGCUGUGUCUGUCUGAUCCUUGUUUCACUCUAAGUGGGUACCACUUUACUUUCACGUGCUACACACACACACACACACACACACGGUCAUACAUCCCUUUCCAUCCAAGCAAGCAAGAGGCAUAAUCAGAAUUCAAGGAUGCAUUAUUGCCAGGCUGGUGAGAGGUACGGCUCAGGAGGGUGGGUGACCUAGGCAGAGGCAUAUGAUGGGUAUCAACUCUCAAUGAUUUCAGACAGAGAACUUUCAUAGCCCUAUCUGGAGGCACUGGGGGGCAAGUUUGGCAUCUUUUGGGCACAAAGCAUGUGCCCUGCUAUUGAGCCUUCCCCUGCAUACAGGAACACAGGAAGCUGCUUUCUAUCAAGUUAGACCCUCGAACCAUCUACCUUAGUGUUGCUGGCUCUGACUGGCAGCAGCUCUCUGUGGUUUCAGACAGGAGCCUUUCCUAGCCUUACCUGGAGAUGGUCGAGAUUAAAUGUGGGGGCCUCCUGCAUGCACAGAGCUAUGACCCUUCUGGUGAUGGGGAAGCAGAAUGGUUGGGAUUGCUACGUGGCUGAUCAAGGCCAAUGCCGCUCCCUUGUCUUCCUUUGCAGAACCGCAUUGGCGCCGUGAGCCAGCUGCAGUACGAACUUGGGAAAGUUCUGUGCGAUGUGCAUUCUUGCGACGGGGUGGUCAUUGCGGGGUAAGUACAUGGUAGCUGGCUUCCUGAGAGUUCUGUUUUGCGGACUGAACACUUCUCCUCCCACCGGCAGCCUCGCUGGAUGUUGCGUGGCCAGUGCAAUGGGCUGUAUCCAAUGUAGCUGUGAGUUAAAGUCGCUUAGCUGUAUACUUAUUGCGCUGGUGGAAGGUUGUUGCAUAAGGGGAAAUGCACAUUCGUAUUCAGAGAUUGUUGGGCUGCAAGAAUCAGCUGUUGCUCAACAAGCUUAUGCCAAAACAACUGUUGUUCUAGAUUCCUUUGUUGGCCAGCUUUUAAAUUCUGCCAUCCGCUGGAGCAAAGGUUCUUGUGCUGAGGGUCCGAGAAUGUUGAGUGUUGCCUAGAAGAAUUGAAUUGACAGCCUAAUUGAGGUUCUCAGGGGAGGGGAAUUUUUUCAGGUACAGUUGCAUGUCAGGCUAAAGGAGUACAGCAGGUUCAACAGAGAAUGUUGGAUACAGUCCACAGUGACCUCCUGGUGUUGCCAGACUAAUUAUACUUCUCAUCAUCCCUAACACUUGGGGCUGAUGGGAGUUGUAGACCAAAUAUCUGGGGGACUACAGGUUUCCCAUCCUUGCUUUAAGACUAUAAAGUUUUAUAAACUCUCAAACACAGCUCUACAAAGUAGCCAUCUUCCGGGCUCAACCUGCUAUCACAAUCAAUCAUUUUUUGCUCUGUGUGUGUUUGCAUCCAGUCUUUCUGGCCAGUUACACAGAUCUUACAAACUUAACCAGAAUAGUAUCCAUAAUUCAGAUAAUUUGCUAGCAACACAAAGGUAUCACAUCUCUUUUGCUGUUGAUUUACUACAUGUUUUAGAAGUGGCAGCCAAAAAAAUUAUCUGUUUUUUUUCUUGUAAGAUUUUCCUUGUUUUCUGUAAUGGGCUAACAUGACUACGCCUCUGAAAAUUCCAAGGUGUAAUACAUGGGUAGGCAAACUAAGGCCCAGGGGCCAGAUCCGUCUCAAUAGCCUUUUCAAUCCAGCCCAUGGACGGUCUGGGAAUCAGUGUGUUUUUACAUGAGUAGAAUGUGUGCUUUUAUUUAAAAUGCAUCUCUGGGUUAUUUGUGGGGUAUAGGAAUUUGUUCAUAUUUUUUUCCAAAAUAUAGUCUGGCCCACCACAUGGUCUGAGGGACAGUGGACCGGCCCCCUGCUGAAAAAGUUUGCUGACCCCUGAUGUAAUGCAUUCAAAAUAAAUUCUGAAAAUCCAGAUAUGUGUGUGUGUGUGUGUGUGUGUGUGUGAGAGAGAGAGAGAGAGAGAGAGAGAGAGAGAGAGAGAAACUUGAUCACCAAAAGCCAGCUGAUUUCAAAACCUUGGUCUUGGCUUCAGGAAAACGUUCCAUACAUUGACAGUGGCAUAUCUAAGCAGCUCAUGGGAUCUCCGCUGAGAAACAAAUGGUUAAGUAUCCAUGCAGGUCCUAAUAUCCACAGCAUUUGAUUAAGCAUACUGGUAUUUCAAGGAGAUGAAUCACUUAAGAGGUUUCUCUGUUAAACUUGAGGAUUCCAGCAGAAACCCUGGAGCGAGACUUGUCUGCUUGCCUGCCUGCCUGCCUGCCUGUUUGUUUGUUUUAUUUGGAGCAUUUGUGCACCAUACUUCAGCUCCAAGAGUGGCAUAAAUACUAUCAGUUAAAAAUAAUAGGCAGUCUCCAAUCUCAGGUUUAUGAUUUUGAAGAAACCCUAAAAAUGACAUAAGGGGAAAGAAGGGAAGAGGGGAAAAUCAAACUCAGGCGUGUUAGGUAUUUGCAUGAUGGGUCACCAAACACACAUCUUGGCGAAGAAGAAGAAGAAGAAGAAGAAGAGUUUGGAUUUGAUAUCCCGCCUUUCACUCCCCUUCAGGAGUCUCAAAGCGGCUAACAUUCUCCUUUUCCUUCCUCCCCCACAACAAACACUCUGUGAGGUGAGUGGGGCUGAGAGACUUCAGAGAAGUGUGACUGGCCCAAGGUCACCCAGCAGCUGCAUGUGGAGGAGCGGAGACACGAACCCGGUUCCCCAGAUUACGAGACUACCGCUCUUAACCACUACACCACACCGGCUCUCGAAGAAGAGAGCAAGCCAGUUUUGUCCUGUUAGGUUAAGACAUGAAAUCCACUAUCCUCUUUUCAGAGUGGCUACCCAGGACCUGAACACACAAGCACUUAUUACCCCAUGCCCCUAUGGUUUCCACCAGCUUGAAUUCAGAAGCAUUAAUAACACUGGAGGCAAAGCUCUUGUGGCUUCCAGCCAUCAAUACCCAUAUCUUCCAUGAGUUAGUCCAGUCCUCUUUUAAAGCCAUCCAAGUUGGUGGCAAUCGCUGCCUCUCCUGUGGGAGCGAGUUCCAGAGUUUUAGCACUGCUCUUCAUGAAGAAGUCAUGAGCUGGGCUGCAGCUGGAGCUCUUAAGGGAGCUGAACACUGGUCCUUAUGGGAGAGAAGCUGACAGGACAGCAGAGGUGACCAAAAGGGAAACAGGAGCCUGAAUCUGUGCUUGAGAAAGUUACUGUCUAAGUAACUAAGUAUGCUAGAGCUGAAAGCAUUGAUUUAUCCACGGAUUGUGUGUGUGUGUGUGUUUUUAAUUGAAGACGGUCUCUGCAAAACAGUAUCUGUUGCUGAUGUUACUUACUUGGGGCUUAGUCACUUAUUUGCCUAAAAGGGGGCUUAGAAAUUUGAAACCUCUCAAAACACUUCUUUUUUCCAGAACUGGCUGCUCAAGAGGGUGUUGGGGAGGUGAACUCAUUUAGCUCAGUGGAAUUUGAGAUUUUCUUUUUUUUAACCCUCCCCCCCCCCCACCGCCAAGAGCCUCAGCUCGUCUUUGGAUUAAGAGCCUGACUGAUGUAUCCCCAAACCAUAAAACUGAAUCUGUUAUUUAACAGAGAUAAAACUUAUUAUUGUGGCUUUUAGCUGAAAUGUCGGGGGGGGGGGGGAGAGGCAAUGACAGUAGUUAAAAGCUAAACUCCGCUUGAUACCCUUUCUUCAUGCCUUGGAACGGGGUUUGAACUGGAGUGCUGAAUGUCUCCCCUGGGCUGCAUUUUCUGAACCACCCGAGAGAGAUUUGUCCACUCCCACAACGGCACAUCGUUUCUAUUUAUCACCACAAUUGCUUUAUCUGCAAUGCAGAGUUGAAAAGGUUUAUUAACGCAGGUCUUUUAAUGCCCUGAGCCUUAUCAAUUCUGAUCCUACGGUUUAAAAGGGGGGGGGGUGGCUUUGAGAAUGAUUGUCCCAGGUUAAUCAGUAAUCUUACCUUGACCUAGACUGGAGUAUAUAGAUCAGGUAGAGUCCCUCUCUCCCUCUCCCACCCCCUCUCUCUCCUCACCCCCUCCCAGCACCCCCCCCCUGCUUUCCACCCUCCCAGUCUUUCAGAAGCCACCAAGCGGGCGCUCAGUAGAAGUGGUGAUGUCAUACGAACUGUGAAAUUGGCUCAGCCCUGCCAUAAAUCAAUGUAUGGUAUUUUACAGCAACGCUUCGUUUUAAUGAUACGUUUUUGUAGAGUAGGAUUAGAGUCAAUUGUCUGUAUAAAAUAAAUAUAUAUCUCCUGCUCCAUUAAUGCCAGAUUCUUUGAGUGGCGGAGACGAAGGCAGCUUGAACUAAAUUCAGGGAGUAGUUCUUCCCUCCGCUUUUCUUUUUCUUUCUUUUUCAGGAUGAAAUGUUGAGAAUUGAUUGCCUCCCACUAAUAGCUAAGUCGGUAUUGACUGUGCCCCUUCAAAGGUCUUAAUUUUUGCAACCCGCCCCCCCCCCUUUUCAAACGUGGCUUCAGAUUGCAGCUGGUGCGAGGCCUCGUUCAGGUAUCUUUGGCAGAGGGGCUCGUGACAUUUUGAGGACCCCAGGGAGGCGGAUGUUUGCGCAGAUUCGGUCUAGCUGGAGAGCUGCUGAUAUCUGAAAAGACCAUUUCUGGAAGCAGCCAAGGCACACGGCAGUUCAGCCACUGCUUUCCCUCUGUGAGAUCCAGACAUUUUGCAAGCUUUUUUGGAGGGGGUCUAAUCUGACAUCACCCCAAGCAGCAUCCACUGUGGUUUUGCUCCCCCCCCCUUUGGGGGGGGUAGGGGACAUAAAAUCAAAAUUAGAUAUGGUCAUCAUAAGACCAGUUCUUUUCUGAAAAGCAGAAUAAACGUUAUUGGUGCUGGCCACUGCUGGAAGCAUCAUGCCUCUGAACAGCAGUUUCUGUGAAUCAUCAUUGGUGAGAGCGCUGUCUCACUCAGGUCUUGCAUGCCACAGUUCUGGCAGGUCUUAAUAUCUCGACUGAAACUAGAACCCUUCUCACCUUGAUCUUAGAAGAGCCAGUGUAGUAUAGGGGUUGGAGUGUCUGACUAACACCUGGGAGAGACCAGAGUUCCUAUUCCCAAUCGGCCAUGAAGCCCACUGGGUGCCCACCUCACAGGGCUGUAGUGGGAAUUAAUUGGGAUGGGGAAGAGCAACUUUCAGAAGCCACCUGAAGGCAGCCCUGUAUCGGGAGGUUUUUAAUGCUUGAUGUUUUUAUUAUGUUUUUAGAUAUGCUGUAAGAUGCCCAGAGUGACUUAGAUGGGUAGGGUAUAAAUAAAGAAGAAGAAGAAGAAGUUGUUGUUGUUGUUCAUGUGUGCAAUUCUGACUUGCUUGGAGAAAAAUGUGGGUGUAUAUGCAAUGCAGAAGCAAGGCUUUUGUGGCUCUCCCUGAGUCAGCAUUGAAGCACACAAAUCUAGCUUCCUAAGAGCCUGCCGGAUCAGGCCAGUGGUCCAUCUAUUCCAGCAUCCUUUUCUCACAGUGCCCAACCAGAUGCCUCAGUGGGAAGCCUGCAAGCAGGGCACAAGAGCACUCUCCAUCCCAGUGGUUUUCCAGCAACUGGUAUUCGGAAGCAUUCCUGCCCCCCAUUGUGGAGGCAGAGCAAUAGCUAUCGUGGCUUAUAGCCAUUGGUAACCUUCUCCUCCAAGAAUUUGACCAGUCCUCUUUUAAAGCCUUCCCAGUUGGUGGCCAUCACUGCUUCCUGUGGGAGAGAGUUCCAUAGUUUAAAAAUGCACUGCUUGAAGGCCUUCAUGUUUCUGGCUGUGGCCAGUUGCAUUUCUCCAGGAAGGAUACGAAUAGGGUGCGAAGGGAACAGCCCCUGUACUUUGCCCUUCUCCUGGUCCCCAGCCAUGCUCCAGAAGUAGUAAUGUAGGAAAGCUGCCUUCUCUCCAGCCAGACUCUUUAUCUACCCAGCUGCAUUCAACACUUUCUAUCUCUCUCCACGCAGUCCCUUUGCACCUCUGUGUCCCCGCGAGAAAGAAAAGCCCAGCAGGGAGGCACGGCCCAGCCAUAGAGGGUGGCAUCCCUACACUGGCUGGGUCAUUGUCAGUCACACAUGCCACCUAACCAAAGAGUUCAGUGCCCAGAAUGGCAUAGCUUGGCCGUGUGUUCCUAACUGCUUGCCUUCCUGCCAGCUCUUCUGUUGCAGUGACACAAAGGUGUGCUUUUUUGUGAGGGGCCUUCUCUUAGAGAAGGAAGCUGGGUUUUAGAAGGAGACUGACUUUUGUCCGUCCGUCCGUCCCCCCUCCAGUCCCCUCCACCACAGGUUGUCUGAAACAGAAGAAAUGAUAACCUAAUCAACAGGGCUAAUUUUAGAGUGCCGCUGUGGGAGUUGAGGCCCCCAAGGUGUCUUACGCAUGUUAGCUGCCUUGACGCCCACUGAAACCAUGUACAGCAAUCAUCCUGAGCCUCAAUUUACCCAAUAAGAGAUGCAUAGAAAAACUGGUCUUAUCUUACCAGAAGCAAGCUCUCUCUUUUUUUUUUUGAAGGAAACUUUCCUGUUCCGUGGUGUGUUCUGGCUAUUCCUAAUGAGCAUGUGAAUUUUUAAAGCAAAGUACUGGUCCUUCUAACCCCUAGGGAGGGUGCGGGAACUGUGGCCCUCUGGGUAUUGUUGGACUACAAAUCCCAUCAGCCCUGGCUGCUGGCCAUACAGGCUGAGAGAGGCAGCCACUGGCCCAAAGUCGCCCAGUGGGCUUAAUGGCCAAAUGGGGAUUUGAACCCUGGUCUCUUCCAGGUCCCAGUACAGCACUCUAACCACUACACAACACUGGCCACAUAUUCAUGGUACAAACAUUUGAAAUCAAUGGGCUUAAGUUAGUCACAGUGAUUAAUUUCACUGGGUCCGCUAUGAGUACAUCUUAACUAGCCGCAGCCCAUAGCAUCUAACAGUCCUUAUAUAUUGGUUGACUUAACGUCAAUAAAAGCCAACCGAAGAAUUAGAGAGAAGGAUGAAGAUGACUGGGGAAGGGGAUGCAUUUCCCCCCCACCCCACCGGCUAGAGAUUAGGGGAGUUGAAAACAGAUCGAUAGUCUCCAAGCCAGCUACUCAUUUCUCUAAUCUGGAAUUGUUCCUUAAGGCAGAAGAGAAUUUAGACUCCAGAAUGCGAUUCAUAGAGGAACAACUUGAACUCCCCAUCUGCAGAUACUUGCUAUUCUUUUUGUUUAAACAAAAAAUCUGCUGUAUGCUAAUUGUCUACAGCACCAAGUGUCCUUGAGAAGUCUGCAUUUUGCAGUGCCAUCUUAGCGGCUUUUUUUGUAAGCCUGGAAAGAAGGAGAGGGAGGGGAGAGGGAGAGGGAGAGAAAGAAAUAGGUCUUUGCAUUGUUUUGAAACCGGAGGCCCACGUGUCACAGGCUCCUGUCGCUUUAAGCUGCGCAUCUGAGACACGCAGCCAUAGAAAAGGCUGGUUGUAUCCAGCAUUGAUUAGGGGUGAGGUAACCGCAAACAUCGCAGCCUCCAAAUGAAAAGGAAUCCAAGGUCUGACCCAGAAAACAAGCAUCGUAACCGCCGCAGCGCAAAGUGCUAUUGAUAAACAUGCGCUUGCCAGAUUGAGUUCUCUGAUGUCAGGCCAUAAGCACGGGGCUCUUUAGAAAGGCGAGUGACGAGAGAGCAGGCGCUCUCGGCCCCACAGCUCAAGUGCCUAUCAAUCAAUCUCCUCGGAUGACUGAAUGGGAAGAGAGGUGAAAUUGAAGGGUUCGCCCCCCCCUCCAUAGACGAGAUGAAGCCAUCUUAAGGGGGCUGUUUUCUUCCACUUCCACUUCCACCUGGCGAACGGUGUGUUCCAUGCUAGCAUUGCCACCUAUGCAGUGUUGCACAGUGGUUAGAGUGUCAUACUAGGACCUGGGAGACCAGGGUUUGAAUCCCCCACUCAGCCAUGAAGCUCACUGGGUGACCUUGAGCUGGUUGCUGUUCCCCCCCCCCAACCUAACCUACCUCACAGGGUAUUAAAUGAGGACGGAGUGACCCACAUACACUGCCUUGAGUUCCUUGGAGAAAAACGAGGGCUAUCAAUGCAAUAAAUAUAAGUAUCUUCUUGUUAAUUCAGUAAAAGUACAAUAUAUUUGAAAUUUGAUCUACCAGGUUCGCAGAUCACAUUAUUUAUUUGCAUCCCACCUUUCAAGGUAGCGUACAUUGUUCUCCUGCUCCCAGUUUCCCCCUCCUUCCUGUGAGAUGGGUUAGGCUGAGAGUGAAUGACUGGUCCCAAGGUCACCCAGUAACCAUGGCUUAGUGGGAGAUUUGAACUCUGGUCUCUCAGGUCCUAGAUUGGCAUCUUAACCACUGCACCACAUUGGCUCUCAUUAAAUCAAAAUGCCUAAGUAUAGGGGAGGGUGGGUUGGAGACCUCUGGCUCAUGGGCAAGACUCAGUCCGCCAGACCUCUCCAUUUGGCAUGCAGAAUCACCCCCCUCCCCAAACCAGGUGCCUCUGCCCCACACCUGAUGUCAGGUGUAUGGCAGGUAGAGAUGCAUCCUCAGGAAGCCCACACUUCAGCUCAACCCAGCGGAAAGCAGGAUGGACCUCCUAAGAGUGACCUGAUGCACGUGAAGUUCAAUCCGGCUUAGUUUCCUCUGGGAAUGGCCUGGUGUGCCUGAACCUUGCAGGACUGAGUUCCUACUCAUUUGCACCCUGCAGAAAGCAGGAUCAGAACAUUAGAAGAUCCCGCUGGAUCAGGCCAAUGGCCCAUCUAGUCCAGCAUCCUGUUCUUACAGUGGCCAACGUGAUGCUUGUGGGAAACCUGCAAGCAGGGCAUGAUCACAAGAGCCUUCUCCCCUCCCAUGGUUUCCAGAAAAUGGUACAGUGGUACCUUGGUUCUCAAAUGUCUUGGUACUCAAACAACCUGGAACCCAAACACAGCAAACCAGGAAGUAAGUGUUCCGGUGUACAAACUUUUUUUGAAAGCCGAACGUGCUCCGUUUUGAGUGUUACGCCUCCGUUUUCAGUGUUAUGCUGAGGUCUGUCUGUUUUUGCCAUUUAUUUUGUGUGGUUUUUUUGCGGCUCUUUUUGUUUUGUUUUGGUGGCUGUGUGGAACCCAGUUCAGCUACUGAUUGAUUGAUUGUGUGACUGCAGUACAUUGUUUAUUGCUUUCAUUUUAUGGAUCACUGGUCUCGUUGGAUAGUAAAAUUCAUGUUAAAUUGCUGUUUUAGGGGUUGUUUUUAAAAGUCUGGAACGGAUUAAUCCAUUUUGCAUUACUUUCUAUAGGAAAGCGUGCCUUGGUUUUGGAACACUUUGGUUUUGGAAUGGACUUCCGGAACGGAUUAAGUUUGAGAACCAAGGUACCACUGUAUUCAGAAGCACUACUGUCCCUGACUGCAGAGGCAGAGAAUAGCCGCUGUGGCUAGUAGCCAACCAUAGCCCUCUCCUCUGUGAAUUUGUCCAAUCCUCUUUUAAAGCCGUCUAAGUUGGUGGCUGUCCCUGCCUCCUGUGGGGGUGAGUUCCAUAGUUUAACUCUGCGCUGCAUGAAGAAGUACUUUCUUUUAUCUGUCAGGAUUGAACUCCCUGCCCAGCAACUUCCAGAGUCUUGGAAGGUUCCUGAGCAGUGUCUGCACAGCUGCAGAACCCAUGCAUGCGUGUGACUAUGCAGAGAUAACAAAAAACACAUCAUAAGUAUAAUAAGUCAGUUCUAAAAUUUAAGCAGAUGGAAGAAUCCCUCUUGGAAGAGCAACAAAGAGUGCUGAGAUGCCUUAAAUCAAGGGGACAGUUUUCAACUUGAGAGCCACAUUCCCUCAUUGUUAACUUUCCAAGGGCCUCGUACCCAUGGAGGGUGGGAAGACCUUAUUCAUUUUUUCAGCCUCCCUCCAGAAUGUGCUCACCUAUGAAGCCCAACGGCAGAAAUUUUGAGUUUAUGAGCUGUUGGAUAUUAGGUUUUCUAGGUGUGCAGUGACCAGCCUCCUGUCUCUUUCUUUCCAAUCAACCAGGAACCAGCUAGACUUCUCAGUUUUGACUAGUUUAGAAUGUCUCCCACUCUUUCAUCAGUAAGAUAUUUCUUCUUCUUCAAAAGAUAGCUGUUUGCCAGCAGUGGUGCUACGGACGAUCCUCUUAUUGACGGCUUAUUUUGGGGUGUGUUUGUCAGCUUUGCGUGGCGUAUCUUGCAGUUGUACUUUGCACAAACACUAAUUAGACAGCCAUCAACACUAGGGGCCAAAGGCUUACUAACAAUGCAACAGUGAUAGCCGAGUCUUAAUUGGCUGAGUAUAAUUGCCAUUAGGCAAUGAUAAGGACAUCUGGGGCUCUGGAGAGAGAUUGAUUUUGGCAUGGCGACUCGAGCUUUCUGCAGCUUUCCAAUAUUUAUUUAUUUAUUUAUUUAUUUAUUUUUUCUCCGGGAAGUUGCCACUUCGUUGGGAUAACACCCAGCUCCGUUCUGCCUCUUGCAGAGUCAGCCUGGCUGAAGCACCUCCUUUGUUUGGUUCUCAUUCGCGCCUCGGUCUCUGCCAGCAGGCUCGAGAAACUGGAUGCAUAAGAAGCCGAGCCAGGGGUCUUCAACGCGGUGCCUGCGGGCGCUAGCGUGCUCACCAGCACCCCCUGUGGCUCCUGCAAAAGGUCUCCGUAAACAUCCCCUCAAACAUCCACAAUGCAUGAGCAGCUCUCUGCUGUUGCUGCUCAGUUCCUGCUUUCACUGGCUCUGCCUCACAAGCCAAUAUGUCACGGCAGCCAUUUUGUGAUGUGUGACGGCGCCGCCCCCCCCACGCAUGGCAGCCAUUUUGUGACUGGCUCCUACAGCCCUUUAUCAAAAUUCCAAAUGUGCCCACUGGCCUCAAAACAGUUGGUGACCCCUGAGUUAUAGCACGUCACUAAAUAUGGGCCAAGCAUACCCCUUCACGAGAGACCGAUGAUGGCACUUCCUGGCAUUUCUUCUUCAGUUCAAAAGCUGUCACGUGGUUGGUGGGGAUUUUGAUGAGCUUCUCCUCCCCACUUCCCCAACGCUAUCUGUCCUGUCAAAAUCUGAGAUCCCUCCUCCAAGAAACAGCUUCCUUUAAGUAAAAUCUUAAACUUCAGGAGGCCUGACCACACAACCCUUGUGUCUUGAAUAGCUUGAUGCUGCGGCAUCCUUUGUUGGAAAACAAAAUUGAGAUGCGGAGAACUCCCAAGUGAACCUUGGAAUCAGUGAGAGGCUGGAUUUGGCAUCUCAGAAAGGCCUGGGAAGCUCUACUCUUGUCCUUGUCCUAACUGGUCCUGAGGAAGGAAGCAGCAUAGACACAACAGAAUGGCCUCAGCACUUCUUGUCAGGUUUUAUGCUCCUUCGGAUAGGCCUGGAAGAGACUGUUUGUCCGCAGUCCUGGAGGGAAAACCUGUGAGAGUUGGGGAACAUCUGGCUCGCAAGUAGUAUUCAGCCUGCUAGAGUUCCCCAUUUGGCCUGACAGAGCAUUCCUCCUCUCCCCACAAACAACAACAACUCCAUUAUACCUGAUGUCAUAUGCUUCACCCACCUGUCAGAGUUGGACCAUAGGGUGGGGAGAUAAAGAUCUGGCCCACCGGACCAAAACUACCCCCCAACCCCUAUUUAAGAGUCACCACCAUACUUGCUUAUGUUGGUCAUCCGUUCCAACUGCGUGCAAUGGAAACUCUUCUGUGACACUCUCCUUUUGAGUUUCCCCCUGAUUUUCUUUCAUCGCAUCCAAGCAGAGGGAGCUGCUUCCAAGUCAUAGAGUGCUAGGGGUCUGUUUUGCUUCCUGUACAUAAGGAUGGAAAAAAGAGACCCCUGCUGGGUCAGGCCAGUGGCCCAUCUAGUCCAGCCUCAUGUUCUCAUAGUGGCCAAGCAGAUGCCCCAAUGGGAAACCCGCAAGCAGGACCCAAGCGCAAGCUUAUUGUUGUAUCCCAUCCCCCCGCCGCCGUCCCGUGGCAUUGCUACCUCCCAGCAUGGCAGAACUUGCAUCAGCAAAGUGGCUGAGCCUUAUCUUAAUCACCCUAGUGGUGCUUGAGGUAGAUGCAACAUCUGUUAGGUACAAUGCCGUAUCGAGUUCUGAGGAUUUUCUAGGUCCACUGAGUCCAGCAUCCUGUUCUCACAAGGCCAGCCAGAUACUUAUGGAAAGCCCGCAAGGAGGACCUGAGUACAAUAGCAACAUUCCCCUAUGUUAAGAAAGGAAAGCCAAAUAGGGAUCUCUGCGUUUUGCCUAAGGAUAGAACUGAGCGACAGCUGGUUGCUGUAUUUGCAGAGGCGGGGGACCAGCCUCCCCAGGAGUCCUGCGGGCAACUUGACACCUGCAGAGCUCCUGAAAGUCUGCUACUGUCUUAUCGCGUUCUGCCUUAAGACUGUUAAAACACGCAAGCAAGGAAGGCUUGAGCAACAGGCCUUUUUUCCACAUCUAGUCCAACAAAAGAGUCUUGCGUAACCCAAAAGCUUGCACCUGUUUUGUGACUCUUUCGGUUGGCCUAAGAAAGGCACAUUCCUCUAGUAACAGUUGCCACAACUCUACUAUGUUAAGAGGCCUGCUGAAAAUGUUUUCAUUUCAGGAAACCUGUCUUAGCUGAUUUAGGUGCAUUUGCUCCAACUUUUUAUUGGUUGUAUCUUGUUUUUUUAAUUGAUGUUUUAAUGUAUAUUUCUCUUUGGGUUACCUUUUGUCAUGUGUUGCGUAUACCGUAAUCAGAUUUCUGCACUGCUUGGAUAAUCCCAAGCCCACCCCAUCCCCUGAGCAGGUGAUAUAUAAAUUUCCUGAAUAAAUAAACAAAAUGGAGUUUGGAGGUUUUCUAAUAAAACAGUACCCUUUUUUGUGUGUGUAUCGCAAGUCUGGAGAGAUGCUGCUGAACUCCCAUCUCCCCCAGCCAUGGGCCACACUUGCAGGGGCCGAUCAGAGUUUCUCUUCAGCAACACCUGGAAGGCCAAAGUUCCCCCACACCCGGCGUUGCCCUUUUGUUCACUUGUGAACGCAGCUGGUAGCAUGAGUUUAAAAAAAGAAAAGGAAAACCAAGAGCAGUCCAGCCUCAUUUGCAAAAGGGUCUUGUUCCUGUCGAAGUGGGAGGCCAAGAGGAGGAAAUGGUGGACGGGAAGAGAAACACCUUGCUUUUGCCCACGACCACCGAGUUCCUUCUCCGUUGGCUCCCCCUGACUCCGACGCUCGCUUUUUUUUUUUGAACCCGUUUCCCGCUUUCCCUUCCAGCUACACGUCAGGGGAUGUGAAGCUGUGGGACACUCGCACCUGGGACUACACCGCUCCUGCCCUGGACCCCGAGCGCGGCUUGGCCGAACCCGGCCCCCGGCCGCAUGCCUCCUUUGUGAGGAUAAACAGCUCCCUGGCAGCGGCAGCGUACGAGGAUGGUAAGUUAACGGCGACUCUUUCCUAAUAUUGUUUUCUAAAAGCGCCCCCCCCCCAGCAGCUGCGCCCAGCUUUUGUGUGCUCGCGUGUGUCUCUGUGACAGCGACUCUAAUCCUUUCUGCACACAACGUGUGUGUGUGUAUGUGUGUGCUCACACUUGCUUUUAUGUGGGGAAAAGUUGGCUGGUAACCCUCGGUGCAUUAGGAGGCCUUGGAUCGCGCUGCCCAUUAAAACGGCUGCUUUUAAUUCCUCCUGGAGCUGCCACUCGGGGUAACCGUGCCAGGCUGCAGCCCAGCCAAACUCGUCUUGAGCAAACAACUUGUUUUGGCUCUCUCUCUCCCCCCCCCUUUUUCUUGAGACGCAGGGAGAUCAGCUCACGAGACAAAAGAGCGAACCAGAUAUUGUUUGAUGAAUGCAAAUCCGGGCCUUCUGCCUCGUUUCCCUUCCUCUCCCCGUCCCCUGCCCCAUCUCUGGUGUGCUGAGCACACAGAGAAUAUAUGGCAAAAUAAAGUCUGUGGAUCAGCUUUGAUCUGCCUUUCCUUCUUGGACAGCAAGAGAAGGUGGCUGGCCUGCAAAAGAAAUGCACGUGUCCGUGGCCAAAAAUGUGUGUUGGAUGCACACUUGCAGAGGGAGACAAGAGCGGGGGGGGGGGGUCUCUUUCUGUGGGAUCUAGAGGCCCUCUGUUAGGCAUGUUUUCCAAAUGAGCAAGCGUGGUUGUUGCCGGAAGUAGCAUGGCCACCUGUGCAGCUGCACUCAAAAAGGCCUGUCUAAACUUGUUGCGUUGAUCAUGCAAAGGAUAUUACGACUGUUUAUUGUUUUUGUCCUCCUAGCAGCUCCUGGGCUGGUCGUUCUGAUUUGCGCUUUACAGCGAGAGGGAUAGAAACCAAGAGUUGGGGGUAACAUAAACUGGUCCCAAGUUGUUAAGGGUUUUAUACAGACCCUCCAAGUUCUCCUGUUUUCCAGGGACAGUCCCGGAUGUACAGAAGCCAUCCUGGUUUCUGAUUUGAUCCUGGAAUGUCCCACUUUUCCUUAGGAUGUCCCUGUUUUCAUUGGAGAAAUGUUGUAGGGUAUAGAGUUAUGCAGCCUCCAAGCCAAGGAGAUAAGUAACUAUACAACCUUUAGAAGACAUCUGAAGGCAGCCCUAUAUAGGGAAGUUUUCUUUAAAAAAUGCUUAAUGCUUUAUUAUGUUUUUAUACAUGUUAGAAUCCACCUAGAGUGGCUGGGGCAACCCAGUCAGAUGGGUGGGGUAUAUAGAACAGAACAGAAUAGAACAGAACAGUAGAAUGGACAUAUUCAUCUGAGAAAUGUUGGAGGGUAUGCUUUAUAUGCUAAUAGUAACACAUGCCUACUAGUUUGCUCCCAGACACAAUUCAGAGUGAUGAUAGUGAUAACCUUGUAAAACCCUCAAUGGCUUGUGCCCAGGACACCCAAGGGACCACCUCCUCCCUCCUUCCAAAGAUCUGAAGGAGAAGCCCUUCUCUGAGGACUGUUGAGGAUGAUUAGCGGUGGGGCCUUUUCAGUGGCUGCACCAAUACAGUGGAAUAGCUUUCACCGUAAAGCACAGAUGGACCCCUCUGGCUGCCUUUUGCUGAUGGGUAAAAACAUUUUUGUUCCACCAAGCUUUUGCCUUGCUUCCUCUGCUGUAGUUGCUUUUUAAAUGGAUUAUAAUGUGUUUUAUUUGUUUUAAAAGAUUUUAUCUUUAUUUUCAUUUUUACAGUAAUUUCAAACAGUUACAACCUGCCGUCUGUGGUGCAGUGAAAUGGCAGGAUAGACCAUAUUUGUCUGUGUAUAACACGAACACAUGUAUAAAACAACACCCUAUUUCUGGAAGCCCCAAAUUAAGAAGUUUAAAAAUUAAGAAAGUUGUUGAGUUUUGCAAAAACAUUGUUGAGCAUCUUUUGUAAGUUCACUGGGUGGUUGUUGAGCUGUUUUCCAACAAUCCCCCGCUCUGGCUGACGGUACUGUCACCGUCUACUCUUCCUGAGUGGGCAAGCAGCCCGUGUAUAAGACGACCCCCCAAAAAUUUUAUACAUUGAAAAAUACGGUAAUAUAUUUUUAUAUACAGUAGGUAAGUCAAAAUAAAGUGUUGGAUCUCCCCGCCCCCCCGCUAAAUUGUAAGUUCUGUAGUUAUUUCAUACUACUGUUUAAGCCUGCCAGGCACUGUGUUACUGAACUGUAACCAUCAAAUAGACAACAUUUGACCAAUAAAAAAACUCUUAAUUGUUUAAGAAACCUAAGCUCAUAAUGUAUGAAGAGGGCCUAAGUCAGCUUUCCGCAGCCUCUCUCCUCCUAACGCCUUGGACUACAAAACCUAUGGUCCCUUGCCAGCACAGCCAAUGGUCAGAGAUGAUGGGAGGUAUAGUCCAAAAACACCUGCCAGUCCUUUCCCAAUGGCACAUAGGAAUAGAGGGAGCUGCUUUAUCCCAAGUCAGAUCAUAGGUCCAUCUAGCUGCACACUGCCUACCUUGACUGGCAGCAGCUUUCCAUGAUUUCAGACCAGGGUCUCUCCCAUCUUUACCUGAAGACGAUGGGGAUUGAACUGGGACCUUCUGCCAUCAAAGCGAAUGUUCUACCCACUUGAAGCUGCAGCCCUUCCCCUAUUUUCCUUCCCACCCCAUUUUUCCUUUUUAAAAGGGUAAGUUUGCUGAGACUUUUCUUUUGCAUCUGGAGCGGCAGGGGAGAAGAGACCAAAAUAAUUUGCUCUGUUUUCAAAGCUACCUCAAGGCCUUUAUUUCGUGCUUUUCCUCAACCCCUGCUUCCUUUUCUUUUGCGUACGUGUGUGCGCAUGCGACCAGCACCGAGAAGCCAUCUGGUAGCAAUAGGAGGCAGCGCCGUCGGCCUCCUCUGUUGAAGCCACUCUGCAAACGCGUUCGACACGACACAGUUUUUUCCCUGCUCAGCAAAGCUCAAGCUGCGAUGCCCUUGGCAGCCGAUCUUCGCGAGGAGCCAUCAAGGCGGCUCCUGCCCCUUCAGAGGAGGCCUUGUCAUUCUCACAGCCUGCCAGUCAAUGCAGCAAGUUCUGUGGGUCACCUCGCCGAUGGCGUCCUUCUGCUCGCACCCACUACAAAACGGGUAGCCAAACACAAUGCACCCUUCAGUUGCCGAAAUGGACCUCCAUUACCCACUCGACUGUUGACAGUGCAGGCUUGGGGCUGAUGGGAGUUGUAGUCCAUCAACAUCUGGAGGGUACCAAGUUGGCUACCACUGCAAUAAGCUGUUAGCUCAGUUGGGACCUUCUCGUUUGCUUAUCCCUGCUCUGCAAGCUAACCCUGGAGAAAAAUGGUCAAUACAGUGAUGGAGCUAAGCGUUUCAAGGAAUCAGAAUUGCUCUGGGGAAGGUUUCCCUCAAUUUUUGAGAGGCAAAAACUCAGUAGUAGGAGCAGCAGUUGUGUUUCUUUUGAAGUCAAACAGAAAUGAGGGGCAGUGCCAGCAAGGGAGCCAAGAGGAAGAAGCAUUGGCAGGUCAGCUGUUUUCAUCCUGAGGAACAGGAUGAGGAGGCAGUAAAGUCCAACUCUCAGAAGAUCUUGCUAAGAUCUUUAAGAGGUGAGGAGCUGCCCUUUCUGGAUUGGGUUACACUUCUUCUGGAGGAAUAGACACUCAGCUCAGAUCCAUCACUGCCAUUGAAAGCACAACUGGCAUCAUAGAAUUACAGAGUUGCAGAGACUGAUGAGACCCAAAGGUUCCCUCUAGUCCAACUCCCUGCAAUUCAGUAAUCAAAGCGAAUUGAUACAUGACAAUUGGCCAUCCACUUUCUAGAGAAUUACCGUAUUUUUACAUGUAUAAGACUAUAUCCACCCCCCAAUUUUUUCAAUUUUAAAUUUGGGGGUUGUCUUAUACAUAGAUUGUGCAUAUGGGGGAUUUCUUUAUUUGGAGUCCCAAAAAAUAGGGGUCGUGUUAUACACGAAAAAAUAUGGUAAUUUAAUUCAGCUUUGGUUAUUUGUUCUGUGUUUUAUAAUAUUAAUGAUGUUCUAAUGAUUUUAUCAUACACCAUCACAAUAUUUUUAGGAGCUGCCAGUUUAUAAAUAUUCUUAUAAAUAGAAUAAGAUGGUGCUUAGGGCUUACAUAUCAGCUUCAACUGGUGGUUCAGUUGCGAUCCUAUCUGGAUGGUGAUAGAACCUGCCUUCAGUUGCAUUUUAUUCUUCCUCAGAGUUGCUGCCUCUGAGACUUUGGACUCUGGGAUUUAGGCAGCUUCAAACGUUCCUUAAGUUCUGGCACUUGUAAGCCUUUUUCUCACCCCACCGUGGAACUGCAAGGGGGCUACGCUGUUCAAAUCCAUGUCAUCAUCCUCAAAGCUUCCUAGCCUCUGCCAUGGGUAGAGACUCAGCCAUUAGGGUGAAUGGGUCCCUGCCCUGCCCUGCCCUCAGCCAGCCUAUACCUGCCUGCUUUCCUACUUAAGACCAGUCCAGUGGGUUGCCUGUCAGCUUCCCCCUCAUUCUCCUCUACCUCAUUAUUGACCUUGUAGAACUCAGCAGGAAAUAAGAUGAAGACAAAGUAGAAUGAGUUGGCUCUGCCUUCUACUGCCUUUGACUCCACCUGCUACUGGCUUUGACUCCACCUUCUACUGGCUUUGACUCCGCCUUCUACUGGCUUUGACUCCGCCUUCUACUGCCUUUGACUCCACCUGCUACUGGCUUUGACUCCACUUACCACUAGCUCUGGCUUCACUUCCUGUUUGGGCUCCCUGCCUCCCUCCCUCCCAGCCCAAACAGGCACCAGCCACACACCGAAGAAGUGGUGGAAUCUCUUCCCAGCUUUGCCGGCUCAUCCCUUGUGCUCACCUACCCUCGGAAGCCCAAGGUGGCUUGGCAUCCGAAUCCACAGUCGUGGCGUUCAAUUUCCAAGUGAUCAGACUCCUUAUUUUCUUUCGCCUUGUUUCCCAUUGUCAGCACUGGCUGCCUUCCACUUUGGGUUUUUUUUUGUUGUUUUUGUUUUACUCCUCUAAUUGCCUUCCACGUUGCCUUUACCCGAAAUGAAUCAAAUCAAAAUGCUUUUCCUGGAGCAUUAGAUAAAGCAGGGGAAGGUUUUCUGGGUAAUGAAGCAGAUGCUUCUAAUGCUGGAAGGUGGGGGGGGGGGGGCUUGCCAGGGCUCCAUCUGCUCCAUGCUUGCCUGGGUCUGGCACAGAGCCACAGCCUUGAGGUUUGGAGAGGGGAGGGGGGACACUGUUUGCUUUCACCCCCUGCCCUGCACAGGUCUGAUUCACACCAUGAAAAGUUUUUGAGUUGCCACAGGAAGGUGGGUAGAAACGACCCCCUUUUCGUGGUGGCACUCAUGCAGACAAAGGCAGGGCUCCUCUCGGAUUCUUGCAAAGGGUAUCUUGCUUUGUCCAUGUGCAUCUGCCUCAUGCAGGAUCAGACCAUCGCUCCAUCUAGCUCAAUAUUGCCUGCACUGACUGGCAGGGGUUCUCCAGGGCUUCAGAGAAGGGUCCCCUCGCACAUUGCCAGGCAGGCAGCAGCUCUCAAGGAGGGUGAAAUGUAAGCAGGGCCCUAGAGGAAGCUCCUCAAGCCAGAUGGAGAUGGCUUCAUCCGACCCCUGGACCAGAGCUUCCCCACCCUCUUUUAAAGCAGCCUAAAAAUGUCAGAAGCAACCCAAUGACUGUUGUCUAAAAUAACCUCCAUAACCACCACCACCAUUGCAAUGGUGGUUUGGACUUGGGUGGCUUGCUCUCUGCAGGGCUGUAGUCUUGAUCAUGAUGCUCGCAGUGCUCAUUUUUUGUUUAACGCUUUUUUAAAAAGUGUUAACUUGUUUUUAUGGAGCCGGGAGGGGGGGGGCAGCUGGUGUUCCAUGCUUUUCUUCCUUCCUUUUUUUCCCCUUUUGAAAAACCAGCUUAGCUCUUAUUUACCUUUCAAACAAUCAACAUAAUAGCCAUUAUGUCUCAAAGUAAAUUUGGAAAAAUCCGACUCGGAGUGCCUUACGGCUCCACUGGGGCAGUUUUAGUUGGGACUCCUUCUCUUUUUUUGGCUCUUUGAUGGAAGCCUAAUUGCAGUUUUGGCUCUGUUGCGCGCAGAACAAGGUGGCUAAUUGUUUAGGCAAAUAGAUUAAUUCAAGUAUGCAUCCCUAAUAAUAACAUAAAGACAACAACAACCCCAAAAUGGCUUCUGUGAUGGCUUUUUGCUCCCAGGACAAGGAGUAUAAAUCUUUCAGAAAGAGUGCCAUUAGAUAGCUCCCGAGAUUAUGGGCAUUAUUUCUCGGUGGGGGAGUGCUUCUAAGGCACCAAAAUAAUCUUUGCAGAAGUGCACAUAAAUAUGUUUAAAAUUUUGUUUGGAUGCCGUUUCAUUAACACACUCUUGCUUUGCUUCCUUUGGGAUGUGGGGGAGAUGUCUGCAAUCCAUCUGCAGCUGCCUUCUGAGUCUUUCUGCAGCCUUCUGGAAGCCAGCACUCUCCCCAUUUGUUAAAUUCAGAUAGGGAAAGGAAAUGUUACCAGCUCCGAUUCCCCUUGAACUUCUGAAAAGCUGUGCUGGAGAAACAUGAAGAGCGAGAGUUUCUUGCUGUGAUUGGCCCAGAGUUGCAAACAGAGGGGAAAGGGCAUAGCUCAGUGGUAGAGCAUCAGCUUUCCAUGCAGAUGGUCCCAGGUUCAAUCCUUGACAUCUCCAGGUAGGGCAGAGAGAUACUCCCUACCCAAAACCCUGGAGAGCCUCUGACAGUACUGAGCUAGAUGGAGCAAUGGUCCCACUUGUCAUAGUGAUCAGCCAUAGAUCAUUGGAGGAGCAUCUGCUUUGCAUGCAGAAGGGUCCAGGUUCAAUCCCUAGACUCUCCAGGUAGGACUAGGAGAGAACCCUGUCUGAAAUCCUGGAAAGCCACCAACAGUCAGUGUAGACAUCACUGAUAGGUGGCUCAACAGGUCUGAGCCACUAUAUGACAGCUUCUUACCUUCCUAUGCAAGCCAUGGGGAAGGUCCAUAGUUCAGACUUGGAUCACCUGCAUGCAGAAGGUCCCAGGUUCAAUCCCUGGCUUGUCCAGGUAGGGCUGGGAGAGACUAUUUGUUUGAAAUCCCGGAGAGCCGCUGGCAGUCAGUGUAGACAUUACUGAGCUAAACGGUCCCUUGGUCUGACAUGGAUUAAGGCAGCUUUAUUUAUUCCUAUGCAAAGUGGAAGUUGGGUAGCCACCUUGGAGAGCUCCCUGUGGAAAAAGGGUCAGGAUUAAGCUGUACAUGUGGAGCCUUCAAUAUGACUUCUUCUUUUUUCUUUAUUAUUUUUUAUUUAAAGCUUGAUAGAACAAAUAAAAAAUACAGUGGUACCUCGGGUUAAGAAUUUAAUUCGUUCCAGAGGUCUGUUGUACUCUACAAAGAUACACACCAAAUACCAAGCUCUUGUGUUUAACAUAAAAAUUGAAAAGAAAAUAGAGAACUAGAAAAAGAAAAGAAGAAAAACUUCAGACUCUCCAUCUAUUAGCUUUAAAUAUAUAUAUAACAUUUUUGCCUCUUAAUUACAUUAAACUCUUCUACUUCCCAUUACCCAACCUUAUCCUUUUCCCCCCAGUCUUCAUACCCUGAUACCACAAGUUCAUUUUCCUUAUUGCUCAGAAAGUCCAUAAGGGGUUUCCAAUCAUUAAUAAAUGUCAACAGUGAUUUUUCUCUAAUUAAGCACAUCAACUUUCCCAUCUCAGCCAAAUCCAUUAAUUUCAAUAACCUUCCAUAGUAGGUAAUAAUGAGUCCUUCCAUCCUUGUGCAUGUAACAGUCUUGCCACUAUAAUCAUGUAUUGCAAUAGUUUUCCAUAUUAUUUUUCUAAUUGUAUAUCCAUAAGCCCCAGCAGAAGCAGCUCUGGUUUCAGUUGGACAUUAACCUUCAAAAUCUUCUGUACCAAUGUAUGCAUUUGUAUCCACUAUUUCUUAGCUUUUUUUACACUACCACCAAGUGUGAUAAAAUGUCCCUUUUUGUUCCUGACAUUUCCCACAAACAUUUGGAACACUCUUAUGCAUUCUAGCUAAUUUCUCAGGAGUUAGAUACCAACGAUACAUCAUAUUAUAAAAAGUCUCCUUUAAGUCAUAGCACAAUGUAUCGUUUAACCCUUUAGUCCACAUGUGUUCCUACUGUUCCAUCGGUAUAUUAUAACCAUUAUUAUUUUUUGCCCAUUUACUUUGGCUGCUCAGGGUUCCUGACAGCCAUUCGCUAAGAGAAGGCAGCUCCACUUCACCACAAUUCUCUAUUGGUGGUUUCCCCCCCAUUUCAUUCAGGGCAUGUCCAUGGCUACUGACCGUGCUCCAUUGUCUUUGGGCUUUGAGUGAUAGGAAGGGGUCCACCCUUAGUUUUUUAAAGGAUUGUGGGGCUGAGCAGGCUAAUACUUCCUUCACCUUUCUCAGCAGCCCUAUUUAGGCUUCAGUUUUGCUGGCAUUUGCAAUAAGCCAUGGUUUGACUCCUCAUGAUGUACAAACAUGGCCUUCGUCUGUUUCUGGAUGGCUGCAUGCCAGGGCGAGUUGCUGUGUAGGGAACUGGCUAUGUCACUCAGCUAUGUUUUUCUUAUGUGAAGAAAGCGUUUAUGUCUCAUGGAAUACAUAAAGGAGUGUAUACAGCUCUUAAGGAGUAUAUACAGCUCUUAAGUGGCUUCAGUCCUAUGCCAAUUUAUUCUGCGUGGAUGUCCUCAAAAGCUUUUCAGCUACUUCUUCUCUUGUGGGUGGUGCUGGUGAGGAGCUUACCUGUCUCUAUAUUGCUGCUUUCUUGUGAAAAUCAAUAAAAAACCUACUUUCAUUUGUAUUCAACUGACCGUCAAUCAGUUUCAUUUGGCAAGCCAGAUUCUGCUGGCUGCCCUUGCUGAGAUUCAGGUGCCCCCUGAGAUCUCGUCAAAUGUUAGCGAUUACUCCAUGGAACGGAUCUUGGUUUGAUGAACCCUCCAGAUGGUUUUGUGGUUGGCAGCAUGAAUGGAAAUAUUCCACCACAGCUACUGAUUCUCCAUUUUUUUUUUUGUUUUUCUGGUGCACAGGGACGAUUAAGGUGUGGAGCCUGCUGGUCGGCCGUGACCCGAUCCAUUGCUCCCAGCACAAUCAGAAGAUACAAAGCUUGGCCCUUUCGGCUGAAGGGGCGACGAUAGCAACCGCAUCCGCCUUCCAGGUCAAAGUGGAGAGCGCCAAUGACAAGGGCUACUGGGAGACGGCUGCAGAGUUUGAAAUCCAGAAACUGGUGAGACUACAGCGCCCAUCAUCCCUGACCAUUGGCCAUGCUUGCUGGGGCUGAUGGGAGUUGGGAGUCCAAGAAUCUGGAGGGCCACCGAUUCCCCAUCCCGCAACCAAAGAGCCCAAUUCACCAGAUCAUUCAGGUUAAGCUCGACCUUGCGCUAAAUGGCAGCUACAGAUCUGGUGCUCUUCUCUCCCUAAUACAGGUUCGGGGGACCCUACAGGUUCCAUCAGACAUGGCCAUUGGCCAUGCUGGCUGGGGGUUGACAUGCUCUAGGAAUCCAAAAUUAUAUAUACAUUCAUACCUUGGAAGCUGAACGCCUUGCGAGUUGGAACGUUUUGGCUCCCGAAGGCUGCAAACCCAGAAGUGAGUGUUCUGGUUUGUGAAUGUUCUUUUGGAACCCAAACGUCUGGCACAGCUUCUGUGGCUUCCGAUUGGCUGCAGGAGCUUCCUUCAGCCAAUCGGAAGCUGUGCCUUGGUUUCCGAACGUUUUGGAAGCCGAACGAACUUCCGGAACGGAUUCCGUUCGGCUUCCAAGGUACCACUGUGUGGAGGGGCGCAGAGCUUCCCCAUCCUGACGGGUGUGGGGACCUGGUGUCUUGACAAAGGUGGGUUUGGUUUUACAUCUCUAAACACUGCAGUGGAGAGAAAAUGCGGAGACGGGGCAAACCAGCCAGAUGGGCUGGGCAUAAAUAAUACCAUUAUUAUUAUUAUUAUUAUUAUUAUUAUUAUUACAUCAGCUCCAUUGCUUUGGGUGAUUGUUAUAUGGAGCUCUGGGAUGGAAGGAAAUUGCCAUCUAUGCUCAUGCCCAGGAAAAAAAACAAGGGCCCAAGGAGGAGUUCUUUUAUACCAUAAUUCAGAAGGUGCUCCACCAUGGAGUUAUGGCUCGUAACAGUGGAAGAAGCCAGUAGACAAAUAAAAAGGCAAAACACCAGUUGAAUUUUUUGUUGGGGUGGGUGUGUGGGGUCAGCAGAGAGGAAGGGAAGCUGUUAGAGAGAAGAUGAGCCCCAAAGCUGAGGUUCUUGCAGUCACUGUAACCCCCUGACCCCUUGCAGGUAGGCUCACUCUGCCUGGUCCCCCGCGUUAUGGGCCUCCCUGUGGCUGUAGCCACUGCGGAAGAUGUCAUCUAUCUGCUGAAGGUUGGGGACUCAGCCAAGGUCCUUCAUUCUGUCUACGGUCAGCCUGCCACAUGCCUGGACGUCACUUCCAGCGAGGCAGCGUUCGGAGUGAAAGGCUUCGGCUGGUUGAUCAACGAGACCAACAAGGUAUUUCAGCCUUUUGUUCUGCAAAAUGUCUUGAGUUGCCCCCUGUAUAAGGCAUAUCAAUGGUUGCUCGCUCAUGAUUGACUCUCCUAUAUUGCGUGGAAAUCUUGCUUAUUACUUUUAUGCCACAACUAACAACGAAUACCAUUUACUCCGCCAUCUUAACAUCGCUGUUGGCAAGAGCUCUCCAGGGCAGGGGUGAGGAACCAUUGGCCCUCCAGAUGCUUCCUGAACUACAACUCCCAUCAGCCCCCAGCAAGCACAACCAGUGUUCAGGGAUGAUGUAGUUCUCUACACCUGCCCUAGAGGCAUGAGAUGCAAGUUUUGCCCAUCUGCCUGGUGUUGUUGUUGUUUAAAGCUCCAAAAUGACUCACUUCGUAUUCACCCAGCAAAGUUUCGCCCUAGUUUUAAAGGGAACAUGGGAAGCUGCCAUCUCCUGAGUCAGACCAUUGGUCCAUCUAGUUCAGUGCUGCCUACACAGACUGACAGUGGCUCUCCAGGAUUUCAGACAGGAAGAUUUUUCCCAGCCCUACCUGGAGAUGACGGGAAUUGAAACUGGGGCCUUCUCUCUUGCAAAGCAGGUGCUGUGCCACUGAGAAUAAGGAAUAACCCCCUGUUGUUCCAGUAGAGGCCAAAUGCAGCCCAAUAUUUGCCCCACCCCACCCUCAGCAACUGCAUUAUUCCCUUGACACAGAGGCCGAGGCUGAUUUGUAGCGACAAAUGUGCCUCAUUUCCUCGCAGAGGGAGCCAGGCUUUUUUGUACAGCUGUAGGCCUCUAGGGGGAACUGUUUGCUUUUUUAUAGGAGACACUGUGCUUUCCCUGUGAGACUCUGCAAGCGACAAGAACUCCUUGGAACCAAUUGCAUUCCGAUUGUGCAACUGUGUUUCAAAGUGUGUGACAUUUAGAAGCUUGCAAAAAAUAAAUAAAUGUUGCAAUGCAUGUUGUCUGUGUUGGUCAACCAAAGGAUGCUCCUGCCGACACCACAGGUGCCUCAUACAAUUACAGGUGGCAAAGUGUGCAUGUUUCAUAAAGAUUUCAAGAGGAAAUGAUAACAGCGGCUCUGUGCACUGUGUCUGAUCUCUCUGCUUACCUUUCCAACGGUGUUUAUUUUUUACUGCGGCAAAGUAGUUCCCUCAAACCUAGUUAGAAGGCCAAGGUUUUCCUGAUCCUGGGAGUUAAGAGUGCCUUUCUUCAAGGGAUGAGGUUGAGGAAUAGGGCUGGACGAUAUAUAUAUAUAUAUAUAUUCCAAAAGUAGUUUGAAGUCCAUAUCGCUCUAUUGGUUUCAUAAUUUUUGACCUGGCAAUAUGUUGCAAAUCAAGAUGUGUGUUAGGGCUGGGCGAUAUAUCAUCCAAAACCGGUUUGAAGUCUAUAUUGUGAUAGUAGUUUCAUAAUUUUUGACCUGGCAAUAUAUUGCAAAUCAUGGUGUGUGUGUGUGUGUGUGUUAUGCUAAAAAUCAUGACACUGGGAAAACUGAAGCCAGCCAAUGACUCUACAUAGCUCCAUACUUAUUUCAGACAUUGUGAUAGAUUGGUAUAUCACAAUGUUUAGCUGGUGAGAAUGUCACAUUGCCAUCCUUAAAGGACUCCCCAUUAAAGCUCGAGUUUCCCCCUUUCCAUUGGGGGUACAAGACCCCUGGAGCUGAUGGGGCCCCUGCACCUUUCAGCCAAGGUGGCGUUUGCCAAGCUGUUCCUCUCUACAUAUGGCUCCAUCUAAGGCUGGCUGUUGCUGAAGCAACAUCAGAGCUUUGCUCCCGUGCAGCAUUCAGGAGGAGCGCUGGGACAAGGCUGUCGUCGGCAUCAUAACAAAAGUGCCCUGUCCAUGCCCCAAAUGGAACCAGAAGAAAGAGCUCCGCGGGAGCCUCCCGAAUGGCGCUCUGUGGGUUCGGAGUGGUUUCCUAAUGCAGGUCUGAGUUCUUUUUGGUGUGCGGUGGCAGAUGGUUUGCGAGGGGCAUGUAUGCUAAUGAGGGGGAACGGGGCCGAAGGAACCCAGACGGUUAGGAUGUCUCUGACAAGGACACCGGCUUGCUUGGCGUUCCCGCUCCGGCUGACAUCACGCCGGAAACUUAAUUACGAAUGUCUGUUAUGAUAAUUAUUCCCCAGACGUGAAGGGACUUUGCAUGGGUUGAUUAUGGUGGUCAGGAGGCGAUGAUCAAUCUCCAGGUUGAUGCGAGAGACGUAUCGCUGCGUUUUGGCUUGUUUUGGAGGGAUGGAGCCGCCUCUCCUGCUCGGCAGUCAUGUUUCAUUUUUGGUUUCCUGGGCCAAGGUGCUGCACUUGGUUGGCAGAAGGACUGGAUGAGCAGGAGCUCGCUUGUCGAGACGAUGUGCUUCUUUUUGUGCCAUAAAAAUCACACCAGCCCUUUAUUUUACGUUGCUCUGAUAACCGAUCAAAGACUUACUGGUUUGCUGAUGUGUCUUUUUGCCAGUUGGUUGAUAUAACUUGGAUGCUAAUCUUCUGUGGAUGCUGUUUUGAGAACCUAAAAAUUUAAAUAUUGAAAGCUGCUGUUUAUUCUUAGAAGAAGCAUUUUCUUGUAUUGCUCCCCUAUUGCUGCAGCACAGCAGAACCAAAACAGCCUCACAGAAAUGUGUGUAUGUUGUGCCCUUGAUUUUCAGCCCCAUUGUCUAAAAACUAGUCUCCUUAAUUAAUUUGUUUCAUUAUAUUUAUGGAUGCUUUAGCUGAGAUUCCUGCAUUGCAGGGGGUUGGACUAGAUGAUCCUUGGGGUCCCUUCCAACUCUGCAAUACUGUGCUUCUAUGAUUCACCAUGGAGCUGUCCAGUAGAUCUCGCAGAAUCCCAAGGCUAUAAAGUUCACUUUAAAAAGUGAGAAAGUUUCUAGCCCUCAUUGUUACUAAGGGAAAUAGAUACUGGUCUUUCAUAACGUAAUUUAUAGUCCUUUGGAUAUAUUCUAGAACAGUGGUUCCUUAAAUCUCCCUGCCCGCCUCCCCGCAGAACCACUUGAAAGUUGCUGGGGGUCUCUUGCUGGACCACUUAAUGGUUUUUCUGCCUGCUAGAUCCUGGCUGAUUUUAAUAUGCAUUUUUAAUCACUUAUUUUGUUUCUUAGAUAUUAUAGUUUACUCUGUUGCCCUCUGAAUCCCAUGGAAUUCAAAGUGUAAUACAAUGAAAGAAAUAAAAGAAGUAAUGAAAAUGCAAUCGGAAACCAAUAUGUAUAUUUAGUGUGCCUUCGACCACAAAUCCACAGACAUGCUACAUGAAUCCCGUGGGCUGCUGGGGGUCCACAGACCCCAGUUUAAUGCUCUAAACGCAGCAGAGCAAGUCCCUGAGCUUGUAGUCCUUGUUUCGCCGCUCGCAUCUCAGUGAGAGAAAUGACCACAGCGUUGGGCGGCUGCUCUCUCCCCACUUUGCCUUUGUCCAUAGGUUAAAUGUGUUUCGCAACCUCCUUCCUUGCCUCCGGCAGACAUCUGUCCGCAUCUUAACCCCAGCCUGGCUCGGUCGCCCACUCCGCUUGGCAAGGCAGCACGCAGGGAAACGAGGUCCAGGGCAGAAGCAGCAGGAGCUGCAGGUGCUUUGGCAAAAUUCACCACCGACAUCCGGGCUCACUCCUGGCUCGGUUUGGCGAUGGCAGCUUUGUGCCGGCCACUUUGACACACUCUCUCUCUCUUUUUCAAACUUUAAAAAGGAAAGGGGGGGAAACCCCCCAGAAACCUGAGUGUUUUUGUUUUGAAAAUAGCAUCUCUGUUAAUUUGCACGGAGGUGCUGCGAAGAAUUAUCAUUGCACCGUGAGCAUCUAGCCUUGCCGUAGGCUGGGAAGGCGGACUGCCGCUUCGCCUGAUUUCCCAAGGUGGCCUCCUCUGAGCGGUCGGCAGGUAUGCUCGGCCCCUGAGUGAGAAGAGAGUGUGUAUGUGUACGGAAAGUCACUUUUGGGAUGGCAUGGAAGUUGAUGUGCGUCCCUCCCCGCCGCGCCACCCGCGUGAUCCUCGAUGAGGUAGCAUUCCCUGCGCUAGAAUGCUGACUCCCCCCUGGCAGAGAGCCGCAAGAUAGUCUGGCUGGCCGGCUGUCAAAAAAUUACAUCAUGUUGGAGUAAACGGCUUUUAAAUCAAACAUCCAUUAUUCAUACAUAUUAACUGCUUUAUGCCCUCUUUUUUUAUUAUUCCACACACACCUCUCAUCCCCCCUCCCCCCCAUAACUUCUUCUUCUGGAUAGGUUUACUGUUUCCCACCCCCAAUUUUUUCUCUCUCUCGUUGAUCUUGGUCUUUCGAAUAUUAGCUCAUCUGUAAUCUUAUAAUCAAACAAAUCACCUUAUCUCCAAGCUGUGUGUGUGUGUGUUUAGCCAGCCGAUGUGAUGAUUAGCCACACACACUGCAUGGGGCUGACGCAGGUUGGAGUCCAAUAUCACCAGGAAGGCCGCAGGAAUAAGCCCCCAAUAAUGCUGGAUGUGCACUUAAGCCACAAUCACUCGGCACAUUCAAAGCACUCUUCUACGGCUUUCAUAGUCAUAGCUCUCGUCCCCGUCCCCCCCAGCAGAAUAGGAUCCUGGGAACUGUAGUUUGAGGGUCCUGGCAACUGGAGCUCUGUGAGGGGCAGCCUAAAGUUCCCAAGAUUCUUUGUGGGGAGCCAAGGCUGUUAAAAUGGAAUAAGAACAUAAGACAAAUCCUGCUGGAUCAGGCCAGUGACCCGUCUAGUCCAGCAUCCUGUUCUCACAGCGGCCGACCAGAUGCCUGUGGGAAACUGGCAAGCAGGAUUCAAACAUAAGAGCCCCCUCCCCUCCUGUGGCUUCCAGUAUUCAGAAGCAUUUCUGCCUCCAGCCAUGGAGACAGAGCAUAGCCAUUGUGGCUGGUAGCCAUCAAUAGCCUUCCCCUCCAUGAAUUUGCCCAGUCCUCUCUUCAAACCACCCAGAUUGGUGGCCAUCACUGCCUCCUGGGGAAGUGAGUUCCAUAGUUUAACAUUGCACUGCAUGAAGAAGUCUUGUCUUUUAUCCGCCCUGAAUAAAUGUACCUUUAACUCAGGCUUCCUCAACCUCGGCCCUCCAGAUGUUUUGAGACUACAGUUCCCAUCAUCCCUGACCACUGGUUCUGCUAGCUAGGGAUCGUGGGAGUUGUAGGCCAAAAACAUCUGGAGGUCCGAGGUUGAGGAAGCCUGCUUUAACUGUUUGCAUGGCUGCAACCUUAGUUAUUGAGCCAACGCCGCCUUCCCCAACCUGGUGCCCUCUAAAUGAUGCCGAACUACAUCUCUCAUCAUCCCUGGCCAUUGGCCAUGCUGGCUUGGGCUAAUAGGAGCCGGAGUCCCCCAGCAAUUGAAGGGCCACAGGUUCCCCAUCUCUGGAUUAAAGCCCGUAUCUCCUUAUCCCCUAAAUUGCAUUUCUCCCCCUUUGCCUGCAUCUCUCUCCCCAUGCACCCCCCACCCUUGUUGACCCGCCCCCAGUCCAGCAAAGGCCAAAGGUCUCAGCUCGCCCAACUUGCGUCGUGGUGAGGUGGCAUUAGACUAAUGCGUUGCCUGAACAAAAGGGAAAGCCAGGGCAUAAAUAAUUGAUUUUGCUCUCCUGUAACAACCGGCGAAAAUGAAGUCCCAUUUGCUCAGCCUUAUUAAAAGAGCGAGAGGGGGGGGCGAGGCGGUAAAGGUCGUUAAGGGACUUGUAACGCGGAGCAGAACCCGCCCGUGAAAUGGAUGCUGCGCUUUGCUAAUCUCCCAGGGCUUUAACUCAAAGUCGCGGCGAAGGCCGUCUUAAGGCGUUUGGGGCGCGUUGAAUUAUUCAGUGUUUGGGGAGAUUAGUCCCCGCUUCAGGUCCAGAAGCUUUUUGAUUUCUGGUGGUAAACUGGGACGCCUUUGUUUGUUUGUUUGGUAGGCGCGUUCCUGGCUGAGCCCUCGGUUCUGAAAUUGAAAGGUUCCCUGUGAACCUGCCUUCAAUCUUGUUGAGUCGCCGCUGCUGCCAUCUUAGAACUUCAGACUGAGAUGGGUGCCUCCUUGGCACCCAGCGCUUGGGACUCUCAGCAAAUUUGUCAACAGGAUCAAACCUAACUAGCCCCAGCUGACUUUCUCCCUCUUUAGCCAGAGUGCGGAACUGCCAGUCCACGUGUUAGAUAUGGCUCCAGGGACCUCUUUGUCUGACCUUCGGCCUCUGCUCCUCACUUCUCCCCUGUGCCAUAAUUAAUGCUUCUCUUGAAGCUAAUAGGAGGUGUUUUUUAAUUGUCUAAAUGGUUUAAUGGGAGACCAUUUAUGGGGGAGUCACAGCUGGGGAGGAAAGGGUUAGCAUUGGACAUCUAAUGAGUCUAGAUGUUGGGGACUGUCAGCAGGGCCUUCUUGGUGGUGGAACCCUCUUGAUUGAACACGCUUCCCCUGCAUGUUAGGCUGCCGCCAUCACUGAUUGAUUUCGGAGCCAUAUGAAGAUGCUUUUCUGCAACGUUUGAAGAUCAGCCUUGACUUUUUUCAACAGAUGGCAGAACAUGUCUUUAUAUGCAUAGGUGAUAUUAGAUGUGCAUGCUGUGAUCCUCCCUUAGGACUGUUUUACAGUUAAUAAUAAAGGGAUAUAAAUUCUUCUUUUUCUUCCUCCUAUUUUUAUUUGAUUGCAAUAUAUAAGUAUCGGUAUCUACUUGUACAGGUAUACACCUACCCAUGUAUAAGUAUGCUUAAUUCAUUUUUAACACUGUCAGAGCUGCUUCCAGAUCCUAGCUCACAGAGGAUCACGCUAGCCAGCGAUCAUUAAACAAAAGUCUUUAUUGAGUUACAGUUUCCAUUCUCAAACUGCUGCGUGCAACUCUACGUCUCAUGGUUAGACCGGCGAAGCUCCGUCUGAGUCUCCGCCCCUUGUACACCAACUUAAUAUCCUAGCCCUGCUCCACCUUUUCCGCCUGACUGUUCUUCUCUGGGUCCCUCUGCCCCCUGGGGUCUCUUCUUUCCGGGAUUCCUCUGACGCUGACGCUGACCCCCCUGACUCUUCUCCCUCCUUUCGGCGGGCUUUGGGACCUGGCUCCCUUUCCGGGCUGCCUACUGUGCCACCUUCCUGUGCAUUUGAACUUGGCGCGCGCGCCCAACCUUCCACCUUCCGUCUGACCGUUUCUUCGCUCCCCGAUGGAGGUGUGGCCACUCCUGACUCGUGCCCCCCCCUGUUGUGAGCUGCCUGCGCGUGCUCGCUGGCUCCUUCCUCUUCCCUGCUCUCUGGCGGUGACGCUGGUCCCGAUUUCCAACUGCUCCCUCUGAGUCCCCUCUGGCUCUAUCUUCCUGGGGCGUCCCCUAGGCUCCCCUUGCCCUGGCCACUGGUGCUCCUUUCUGUGAAUCUUCUGAUUCACUGGAAAGACUCGGAGAUCUCGGGUCGUCGUCAUCACUCAUCUUUUCUUCUGCCUCCUCCCCCUCGCUCUCUGUUUCCUCCCUUGCCCUUGCCUCUGCUCCUGAACCCCUGACAAACACAUAAAAAUACAUUAAAGCCAAGCAAGCAAGUGAAAUCAAUCACGGAAAUGAGAGACCUUGGGUUGUAGCCAACUAAGGCCUACUCAGAGGAGACCCAUUGGAAUUAACCAGCCUAAGUAAGUCAGGUUCAUUAAUUCAGUGGGUCUGCUCUGGCAACCAUUACCAUUGGAUACAACCCUCUCAAUAUCUGAGCUAUAAAUUGUUUCCGUGUAUAAGACUAGGUUUUUUUUCUUUAAAAAAUAUGUUUAAAAUUGGGGGUUGUCUUAUACAUGGAUACAAUUCCCCCCAUUUUCUUAAUUUGGAGUCCCCAAAAACAGGGGGUGUCAUACACAGAAAAAUACGGUAUAUGGCUAGAUAUUUUCUCACGUCUUAGGUUGACUCCUUUAUCUCACUCUUGCAAGGUUAGUUAGUUUUAUCAUAUGAGCCAAUUAGCCAAUUCCUAUAGUCCCCCAUUCCAAUCUUCUAACACAGGGAUAGCACUCCAUUAUAGCAUUUUGCUGUAGGAGCAGCUGUUAGCAAACACAUUAUCAAUUCUGCAAAAGCAGAUCCUCAACAUAUUCAAAUAAUACUGUGUAUGGUUGUGCCGGCAAUUCAGCCCCUGUUAUAAGUUAAAUUUAAUUUCUCAUUGGGGAAGUGUUGUAACUUAGUGAAAGGGAAUCUGCUUUGCAUGCAGAAGGUCCCUGGCUCAGGGUGGCCUCAGUAUAAGACAGCUUUCAAUGUUAUAUAGUCCCCCAAUAUUGUUAAUUUUAAGAGAUAACAAGUCUAUAGUUGCUGGAAGGGCACAGAGAGGAAAGGAACCUCCUGGGGGAGAGGAACCAGUCCUAACUCCUGGUUUUUCUUAAUCAGAGAGACAGAUUCUUAAUCAUAGAAUUGUAGAGUUGGAAGAGACCAUGAUGGCCAUCUAGUCUAACCCCCGUAAUGCAGGAAUCUUUCACUCAACCUGGGGCUCAAACCCAUGACCCUGAGUUUAAGAGUCUCAUGCUCUACCGAGCCAUCUCACUUAGGACUGGGGAACCUUCUCUGGCCUUAUCUCCCCCACCCCUCAAGGCCCUGGAGGGUGCAGUCUUGCUUGCUGCAGGGGUCUGCUUGGUCACCACAAUCCUUGCAGGGAAUGCACUGGCAGAGCAGACCCCAGCAGAAUUGAACUCCACCCUCCCACCCCUUGGUUGACAUCACCCAGUGAUGUCACCUAAUGGAUAGGUAGGUUUGGCGGGGGGAGGGAAUAGCUAUGCAGGCCACUUUGGACCCCCUGGCAGGCGAAGACUGGCCUGCAAGGCCAGAAGAUCCCCACCCUUUCCCCUAACCCUUGGUUGACAAUCUGCAUUCCCAUGGUGUGUUUUUUCCCCCCAGAUCCUUCUCUACAACUUGGAAACGGGACAGUGCACAGCGCAGCUCGGAAGCUCCUUGGGGGACUUCUCCUGCGUCAAUCUCCGGGACAGCCCUCCCUCCCUGCUGGUGGCUGGGAACAAGGACAGAAGGUACACCCAAGAAGGUGGGGCAGGGGACCCCACACUGCACACGUUGAGCUGUGUGUGGCCCAUUUGGUCAGGUUAGCUUUAUCAAACUUUUUAUUUUGCUUCCCACACAUAAAAAGGGUUGCCUCCAACGCUAGUCCUACUCAAAGACCCGUUGAAAAUUAACGGGCAAGGCUCACUUAGGCCCAUUCAUGUUGAUGGGUUUACUCUGAGUAGGACUAACACUGUAUACAACCCAAAAGUUCCGAAUCAAUUUGCGAGAAUAGAAUCCAGUAAAUAAAAAUAUACACAUCAGAAACAGAAUAAAAACAUUCAACGAUGGAUACCACCCAGGUGCCCAGGAAACAAAAAAUGUAUUUGCCUGGUGCCUAGGACAAAAAGAGAGUAGGUACCAGGCAGGCUUCCUGAGGCACAGCAUUCCAUAGACUUGGGGGUUACUACAGAAAGGGCCGUGUUCAACCUCCAGACUUCCCUUAUAGGUGGCAUGCAGAGAAGGGCCUCAGAUGAACUGGGCAGGUUGCUAAGGGGAAAGGCAGUUUGUCCUGGGCCCCCAAACCUGUCAUGCUGCUCUGAACCACAGUGCACCCAGUAACACGAAUCAACCAGUCUGGUGGACUCUUGCAUGUGGAUUGCGGCAGGGAGGCGCCAUCUUGUAAUUUUCAUCCAGUACCAAAACACAGGAAGCUGCUUUACACUGAGUCAGACCCUUGGUCCAUCUAGCUCAGUAUUGUCUACACCAGGGGUGGCCAACUCUCAAGAGACUGCCAUCUAUUUUCAGAAUUAAAAACUGACAGUCAUCUACCCUUUUUUUUUUUGGGUGGGGGGUUUCAGCUCAAAGUUGUUGAGUGCUUUUUUUAGGGAGGUGAAAAGCCCUGUUUUUUUACUCACUCACAAAUGGAUCAAAACAGCAGCACAGAGAAAGCUCCGUCUUCCCUUCCAGAGAUCAUACAACAAUGGAGGGCGUGGCGAGGGGGCGGGGCAGGAGUCAGUUUUAAUGACGCUAUUUAAAGGGAUCCAGAGAUCGACCACGAUCUACCAAAACCUCGCGAGGAUCUACCAGUAGAUCGCGAUCGGCCUGUUGGGCAUCCCUGGUCUACACUGACUGGCAGCAGCUCUUGGGGGGAUUUCAGGCAGGAGUAUUUCCCAGCCCUGCCUGAAGAUGCCGUUGGGGAUUGAUGCUCUGCCACCGAGGUACAACACCUUCCCAAAUGUCUUGGGCUGGCCUGGAUCUUGGCACCCCACCCCACCUCUGCACACCAGAGGCAAGAGUCUGCAUAAACUUUUCAGAAAAUCAGACGCAAUAUUAGGUCAUGGCUGGACAGCACACCUCGCUUUGCUUUGUUCUGUCCUGUCGUUGUUUUGCAAGCUCUGCGGGAAGAGUCCCUCCUUUAUUCCUCUUCUCCCCACCCCCCCAAAAUAAUAUAUAUAUUUUUAAGCCAUUUGGUGGACACAGUUGGUGUACUGCCCAGCGAGGCCUCUUGGAACGAGGCCCUCCUCUUUCCUGCGGACACUCAUGGAAAAAAAGGAGAAAGCAAUGAGUUUGGCAUUUUAAACCUCACUUCCUGAAAUUUUGAAGUAGGGAAAUAACCUAAGGGAGAAUCGCACGUGCCAAAAAAAGAACCCACCCCCACCCCCUCAGCAUCACCGCCACCAAACAGUGGCAAUCAUGUAGGUUGGGUUGCAGUUGAUGUCUCUAAGGUGGCCAAAACAAAAAAGGAUUUUCACGUGAAUGAAUUCCAGAUCCUAUUUAGCUGAUUUGCGGCUCCCCACCCCUUUAUCUCCUCAUCUUGGCCAGUCUUACGUCUCUCCCCCCCUCUCUCCCCCCCCCACCGCUCAGUGUCUGUUGGCAGACAUAGAAGCGCUCAGAGUCAUCAGCGUGUAAAGAUUAGAGUGCUUUUUCAAAAAACAACAACAAACCCCACGUCCCUCCACAUCCAAUUUUUAGAUUCCCCCUCCUCCCCGCCACCUUUUCUUUUUCUUUCUUUUUUUGGACGGGGGGAGAGACAGGGUGUUAAUUAUUUAAAUGGUCCAGCACACCGCACCAAAGGGAUGUCGCACGGUGGCCAAAGGCCAGCUGGGUAAUAGCUCCCUGCUCUUUCCUUCUCCCCUUCUCACACACCUGUCUCCCUCCCUCUACCUUGCUCCCCCCCCCCAUGCAUCAGGCCUCAGGUGGCACUUUGGUCCGGGAUCAGAUUCAAAGGCAUGUUGUUUCCCCUUUCUGGAUUUUCAGAGCCUAACUGCCUUCUGCAGGAGCUAGUUCCAUCAUUCAACUUUGUGCUGGGUGAAGAAGUGCUUUUUCAAAUCGAUCCUGAGUACAGGCGUACCUCGGAAGUCAAAGGGAAUCCGUUCUGGAAAACCAUUCGACUUCCAAAACAUUCGGAAACCAAGGAUGCUCCUGCAGCCAAUCGGAACUCGCGUCUGUCAUUUGGGUUCCAAAGAAUGUCAGCAAACCGGAACACUCACUUCCAGGUUUGCGGCGUUCAGGAGAUCCAAAAUGUCACAAGGCGUUCGACUUCCGAGGUACGACUAUCUCUGUCUGUCUAUCUAUCUAUCUAUCUAUCUAUCUAUCUAUCUAUCUGUCUGUCUAUUUUUGCCUGGCACCUAAAAGUGUAUAAUGAAGGUGCCAGGUGAACCUCCCUGGCGAGAGCAUUUCACAAAUGGGCAGCCACCGUACAAAAGGUUCUUGUGUUGCCACUUUCCAGACCUCUCGUGGAGGAGGCACAUGAAGAAGAACACAAGUUCUUGUGUUAAGAGAGUCGGGGGGUGGUGGUAAGGACAGAAACUUUCCUCUACCUUCUUUCUCCAUGCUGUACAUAAUUUCUUUUACACUUCCUUCGUGUCACCUUUUGCUCUCCUUUCCUCCAAACUCAGGGUCAAGUGGUUUUGUGUAGCUGUAAAGCACCAUCUCCUGUGCACUGGAGGAGGAGGGUUUAAAUUUAUUUCCCACCCGUCUUCCCAAAGAAACUCAGGGCAGGAAACACAUCAGGGAUAAAGCAACACAAUUAAAAAUGGAAACAUAUUUAAGCACUUAGCCUCUCUCCAGCUUCUGGGAGUUAUCGGACGUUGUCCAUACAGUGGUACCUUGGGUUAAGAACUUAAUUUGUUCCGGAGGUCCGUUCUUAACCUGAAACUGUUCUUAACCUGAAGCACCACUUUAGCUAAUGGGGCCUCCUGCUGCCUCCGCACCACCACCGCACCAUUUCUGUUCUCAUCCUGAAGCAAAGUUCUUAACCCGAGGUACUAUUUCUGGGUUAGCGGAGUCUGUAACCUGAAGCGUCUGUAACCCAAGGUGCCACUGUACUUCCAAGCCUCUCCCCAUGGGCCUGAGGACUAGAUACUUGCUUCAUUUCAUUUAAAUUUAUAUUUAUUUCAUGCACACAAUUCAGAGCAGCAUGCAUGUUUCUUUCUUCCCCCUUUUGCCCUCACAACCACCUUGUGAGCCAGGGGAAUCAGUGAGGAUGGGGUUUGGGCCAGUUUUCCUUUAAGCAUGGGCCGUGUAAACCUGUUUAGUGUUGCAGGAAUUUUCCUUAGUUCGUUUUUGAGGAACGGGUACGCCAUAGUGGGGGUUUUUCUGGUUUUAUCUACCUCCAAGUGCACCCAUUGUUUCGUUUCACCUUCCAGGAUGUGUGGGAUUAUGUGGUGCACUUGGUUGGCGAUAUAGCGUAGUUCUAUGUUUUCUAACACACAGUCGUUAAUAAAAACUAAUUUAAAAAACAGCAGCAGCAACCCUGUGAGGUAGGUUAAGAGACAGGUAGUAACUGCCUAAAGAUCACCCAGUGAGCUUCAUAGCUUGGGGGGGGGGGGGAGAGAAGACAGCACCUGAGAUUUCCAGGUCCCUAAAUCCUAAACCCAGCUCCCUAAUUCCAUCCUUUUCAAGGUUCAAUCAUUGCGGAACCACAAUGCUCUGGCAUUGGUAGCCAAAGACUGGGAGAAGGAGUUGGUAAGACUUACCCGCCGCACAAAAGCAACAACAACCCGAAAAGUGUCUCCCCCCCCCCACCCCCGGGAACGGAUGCCUGGAAGCCGGGUCCUUGCAAAUGAAACCACGACGACUCAGCCAGGGCUCGGUAGAUGGAAGGCGGCCUGAUUAUCAUACGCGGCGCUGGCGGGCAGCUCGCCAGGCCGCACGCUGUCAUGGACGGGGGCUUGGAAGCAGCGCUUCGGUUUCGCCCAGUGCCGAGCUCUGCGCAGCCCCCCACCCAGGCAAGAGGAAGAGCGGGAGACAGGCUUUGUUUACUCCAUCUGUGGAUGCUCUGACAAGCGGCAGCGGAGGUGUUGCGCGUGGCCCAGCCUGCCUGAGCACGCUCAUUUCCCUUCUCCAGCCUGUCAGAUGGAUGCCACCCGGUCGGAAGCCUUUGUCCUCCUUUUUGUUCUAAUUGUCGGAACGGAGCUAUUCCCAGGCUCCUGCCGAGCGGUUUCAUUAGAGAAGGGCAAUGCGGGGAGGAGGGAGGGAAGGAGGGGAAGCUUUGGAUUGUUUUUUUGGAACAGCCUCCAGAUCGGAGCAGGGAUCCUGAACAUUGGAAGUGCUGGCACAGGGAGGGUCCUCCUGUCAUCCGCUCAGGCCUCCCAGCUUCCGCAGUUCAUCAUUUCCCAAGGAUUAGCUUCCAUUCCUUUUCCAGCAGCCUCUGUGGCAGUUCCCGCUAGACUCUCUGGGCUCUGUUGUUGUUACACACACACACACACACACACACCCUUUUGGCAAUCUGCAAUGAUUUCAUCUUCAGUGGUUUUGGAUGAUCAAACUGCUAAGCCCUACCUCCUGCAUCCAUCCACUUGCUCAACUCUCGGACAGCCUCUUUGAGCCCAGCAGUGGGACACCUCAGGCUGAGAGGCAGCCCUCCCAGCCUCUCUGCCUCCCCAGGCCGCACCCCUGACUGACUCCACGUCACACCUUCCUUGGGUGUUUUUGCUAAGCUGCGGUGUAUAUUCAUAAUGCCCCUCAGUUCCCUGGAGGAAGCACAGAGAGAGGGGUUCAUGAGUGUUGUUGUUGUUGUUUAGUCGUUUAGUCGUGUCCGACUCUUUGUGACCCCAUGGAGCAAAGCACGCCAGGCACUUCUGUCUUCCACUGCCUCCCGCAGUUUGGUCAAACUCAUGCUGGUAGCUUCAAGAACACUAUCCAACCAUCUCGUCCUCUGUCGUCCCCUUCUCCUUGUGCCCUCCAUCUUUCCCAACAUGAGGGUCUUCUCUUCUCAUGAGGUGGCCAAAGCAUUGGAGUCUCAGCUUCAGGAUCUGUCCUUCCAGUGAGCACUCAGGACUGAUUUCCUUCAGAAUGGAUAGGAUUGAUCUUCUUGCAGUCCAUGGGACUCUCAAGAGUCUCCUCCAGCACCAUAAUUCAAAAGUAUCAAUUCUUCGCUCACAAUAACUUCUUCCAUCUCUGUUCCCAGGGACCUCUAGGUUAGAUUACUGCAACACAUUACAGGUAAAGGUAAAGGACCCCUGACCGUUAGGUCCAGUCGUGGCCGACUCUGGGGUUGCAGUGCUCAUCUCGCUUUAUUGGCCGAGGGAGCCGGCAUACAGCUUCCAGGUCAUGUGGCCAGCAUGACUAAGCCACUUCUGGUGAAGCAGAGCAGCACACGGAAACGCCGUUUACCUUCCCGCCGGAGCAGUACCUAUUUAUCUACUUGCACUUUGUGCUUUCGAACUGCUAGGUUGGCAGGAGCAGGGACUGAGCAACGGGACCUCACCCCGUUGCGGGGAUUCGGACCGCCGACCUUCUAAUCGGCAAGUCCUAGGCUCUGUGGUUUAGACCACAGCAUCACCCGCAUCUCUAAAGAUGUUUGGAGAAACUUCAGCUGUUGCAGAAUUCAGCGGCCAGCUUGCUCAUCAGAGCAAGACGGUUUCAACAUAUUACACCGUCCAAUUAUGGGCCAUCCAAGACAGAAGAGAUAACUUCUUCCCCUAGUGCAGACUUAAACGGUGGAAUUUGGGCUCCCUCAGGAGGCAGUGAUGAUUGCCACCAACUUGGAUGGCUUUAAAAGAGGAUUAGACAAACUCAUAGAAGAGAAGGCUGUCCGUGGCCACUAGCCACAACGGCUGUGUUCUGCCUCCAUUGCCGGAGGCCGUGUGCCUUAUGACUGCCAGCAGCUGAUAUUCAAAGUGGGGGGAGCGCUCAGGUCCUGCUUGCAGGCUUCCCAUGUGGCAUCUGGUUGGCCGCUGUGAGAACAGGAUGUUGGACUAGAUGGGUCAUUGGCUUGAUCCAACAAAGCUCUUCUUAAGUUUUUUAAGGGGUUUAGACAAAUUCAUAGAGACAUCUGAAGGCAGCCCUGUAUAGGGAAGCUUUUUAAUGUUUUAUUGUGUUUUUCUGUACAGUGGUACCUUGGGUUAAGAACUUAAUUCGUUCUGGAGGUCUGUCCUUAACCUGAAACUGUUCUUAACCUAAAGCACCACUUUAGCUAAUGGGGCCUCCCACUACUACUGCACCACCGCCGCACGAUUUCUGUUCUCAUUCUGAAGUUCUUAACCCAAGGUACUAAUUCUGGGUUAGAGGAGUCUGUAACCUGAAGUGUCUGUAACCUGAAGCAUCUGUAACCCGAGGUACCACUGUAUGUUGGAAGCCACCCAGAAUGACUGGGGAAACACAGUCAGAUGGGUGGGGAACUUAUAACAAUAAUAAUAAUUGGAGCAGCCGUCCGCAAACCAUUUUCCCCCACUUGAAAAUUGCUGAGGUUGUUGACGGAUUCUUCUGCCUCUUGUAGCAAUUGUCAUGCGCUGUCCUAGGUGCUACGUGAUUUUUAAUUGCAGAUGUGCUGCUGACCGCCUGGAUGAAGGGGUCUGUGGACCGCACUUUGGGAAUCCCUCCCGUAGCAGCUAAUGCUAUCAAUGGCGAUUCUGGGUUCUACUUAUACUUUCAGAGGCAAAAUGUUGCUGAAUGCCAGUUGCUGUGAAUCACGAGCCGAGAGCACUGUUGCACUCAUGCCCUGCUUUGUGAGCUUCCCAUGGGCAUCCGGUUGGCCACUAGAUGAGCCACUGGCCUGGUCCGGCAGGGCUCUUUCCCAUGUUCUUAUGUAUAGACAUCCUUUUCAUUUAGGGCGUUUCUAUCCCACCUUUUUCCUCCAAGGAGCUCAGGGUUGCGUACAUGGGUCUCUCCUUCCUCAGUUAAUCCCCACAAUAAUAACCCUGCGAAGUGGGUCAGGCUUUGUGGCCGACUUGGGGAUUUGAACCCUGCUCUCCCAGGUCUUAAUUCUGGCACUCUAACCGCUGCACCACACUGCCUCUCAUAGAUGGCUCACCUAGUGAGAGGCUGGCUGUCAGCACGUACGGAAUCUAACGUGGUUCCAAGUAGAUCUUGCUGGAACCAUCUCUUCUGGGGUUGUGCCAGUGACACGAGACUUGACUGCAUUUCUGUCUUUGUCUUAGGGUGAGGGUUUUUGACCUCCGCAUAAGCGCCUCCGUUUGCUCCCUCUAUGGCCACCAGCUGGGAGUCUCUUCUGUGCAGAUGGACGACUGGAAGAUCGUCAGCGGAGGGGAAGAGGGCCUGGUCUGCGUGUGGGACCAGAGGAUGGGCACCAAGCUCUGGGAAAUCCAUGCCAGGUAGAGUCAGCUGCCAGUGGAGGCUGGUCCAUUAGAGCAAGGGGGGCGGGUACUUGCCUAAGCGGCAACGCUGAGGCUGACUAGCAGCAGCACCUGCUUUAAGUAAGGAGGCGGGCAGGUGGGGCUUUGGUGAGGGGAGACUCUACUGCAAUAAUAAUAAUAAUAAUAAUAAUAAUAAUAAUAAUAAUAAUAUUUAUACCCUGCCCAUCUGGCUGGUUCUCCCCAGCCACUCUGGAUGGCUCCCAACUGAAUAUUAAAAACACAAUACAGCAUUAAACAUUAAAAGCUUCCCUAAACAGGGCUGCCUUCAGAUGUCGUCUAAAAGUCUGGUAGUUGUUGUUCUCUUUGACAUCUGGUGGGAGGGCGUUCCACAGGGUGGGUGCCACUACCGAGAAGGCCCUCUGCCUGGUUCCCUGUAGCUUUGCUUCUCGCAAUGAGGGAACCGCUGGAAGGCCCUCGGAGCUGGACCUCAGGGUCCGGGCUGAAUGAUGGGGGUGGAGACGCUCCUUCAGGUAGACUGGGCCGAGGCCGUUUAGGGCUUUAAAGGUCAGCACCAUCACUUUGAAUUGUGCUCGGAAACGUACUGGGAGCCAAUGCAGGUCUCUCAGGACCGGUGUUAUAUAGUCUUGGCUGCUCUGUGUGGCUAUGUAUUUUGAAGAAAUGUAUUUGUCUAGUUCCAUGCUUUGGGACUCCCAAAUGGUUAAUUCCACUCUCGGUGGCAUUGCCCAAAGUCUUACAGGGGCUGCUUGAACGCUUACAGCCCAGAAUGACUGUUCGGUGAUUUCUAGUGCCAGCGAGGUUCAUUUAGAAGCUGAGCCUUGAGUGUUAUCAGGCCAGUCCUGCAGAACUCUUUGCCACUGGUUUUCAUUGUAUGAUUUUAUGUAUAAAUGGCAAACUGCUCGGGGGUGGGGGUUCUUUUCUCUAUCUAGGAAUAGUGGGAUCUAAAUAUUUUUUUACAAAUAUAAUAAAAUACCCGAGUGCACCUUUUAACUCCUGCUUCUGGCAUCUCUGGUUAAAAGGAUCUCGGAUGCCUGAUUUCUGUCCAUUAAUUUAAGUGGCUCUUCUCUGGGCAGGACUAGCACCAGGUAUAACCCCAGCCCUGAUAAGUCAGGUAUGGGGAACCAGGUUGGACUCCAUCUCCCAUCAUCCGUGGUCAUGCUGCCUGGGGCUGAUGGGAAUCGGAGUCCAGCACCACUUGGAGGCUCUCAGAGCAUCUGCUGAAGCUGCCUUUUCCCCUUGCCCUGCUUCAGGAAUCUGACUGCACUUCAGCAAUUGUCCAUUGGGUGGUGCUAAAAGCAAAAAUACUAUUACAGUGGUACCUCGGGUUACAUACACUUUAGGUUACAUACGCUUCAGGUUACAGACUCCGCUAACCCAGAAAUAGUACCUCAGGGUAAGAACUUUGCUUCAGGAUGAGAACAGAAAUUGUGCUCCAGCGGCGCGGCAGCAGUGGGAGGCCCCAUUAGCUAAAGUGGUGCUUCAGGUUAAGAACAGUUUCAGGUUAAGAACGGACCUCCAGAACGAAUUAAGUACUUAACCCGAGGUACCACUGUAUUAUUAUUGGCUUGAAUGGAGACCCACCCCCUUCUCUCCCCUUCCCCUCCAGUGCCACAGCAUUGGACUGACCCAUUUAACUCAAAACAAGAAAAAGCAGCAAAUGGAGACUUUUGGAAUGACCAGCGCCACCUGGUUGCCUGCCAGAUAUUUUUGGAUUGCAAUUCCCAUCAGCCUGAGUUCUGGACCAAAAUCUAUGGAGGGCACCAGGUUUGUUUCUCUGAGUGGACCUGUUGAAGUUAGCGGACACAAUUUAUGCAAGGCUGUUGGUUUCAGUAGGUCUACUCUUGAGUGUGGCUUUGGUGGAGUCAACCCUACUUUUCAAAAGUGGAAAAAAAGACAAAUCGUUCAGGGCGGUCAUAUGGAUCAUUGCGUGUUGAUUUUGUAUCCAUAGGAAAUCCGCCUGCAAAUGACUUGAGUUUUGAUACGCAGAUAACAAACGUUGAUUUUGCUAUGAAUAUUGGGCAGUCCCCUAAUGCAACAUUCAUGUUGUCAUUUGUGCAUGGAAAUGCAUUUUUUUCACUUAGCAUUUUCAUGUGUGUGGGGGUGUAGAGUUUUGUUCCAAUCAACUCUGCAUUUUAAUGACAAGACAUUUUUAACGGUGGGGGUGGGGAGAGAAACUAUUAAAAGAACUUGCACGUCAUAUUUAGAAAUGUUAAUCGUGACUCCCAUUAAGAUUUUUUUUUAAAAAAAAUUAAACAGAAACACCGACAACAUUCCUUUUUCCCUCCAGGCACCCUGUCCGCCACAUCUGGUUCAACAGCCACAGCCUCAUCACCGCCAAUAUCCCUGACGAGAAGGUUCCCCGAGGCGCCAGCAUCAUGGAUGAUGACCUGACUGCUCAUCGAAGGUAAGAAUCAGCCACAGGCGCAGCAGUUUUACUAAGCAGAAAGAGAGCCAAGAGUCUGAGAAGCAGGGAAUGCGAGUGGGCCACGCCCCUGAAUGCUCAAAGCUGAGGUGGGAGGGUUAAUAGAAUUGAUGGGAAUAAUGACUGCAGCCAUGUCUGGGUUGACCACCCUGUGGAAUUGCCUAGGAAGGGCCUUUCAGUUGUGGCUCCCCAUCUAUGGGAUGGUCUCUCCAGUGAGGUCUCCUGGGAACCUUUCAGUCUCGGAUAAAGACUUGCCUUUCUUCCCCAUGGCCUUUGGGGGACUGAGCGAAUCUGUCCCACAGUACCUGUGCUGCAAAAGCUUUCUGUGGCCAGGCGUCAUCGUCCCCUUUAGGCUCCAGGCAAAAAUAUUUCUUUUUUUGGCCAGGCCUUUGGCUCUUAAUCAUCUGUGGCCUCCUGGAGUGGUGGGAUGUUUUGGGACUGUCUUUUAGAUUUUUGUUUAAGUUGCUCACAGUUACCUUUGUAAAAAGACCACCAAUAUAUUCAGUAAAUAAUAAUAAAAAAUAUAGGAGGAUGUGUUUGUUUCUGUAUUAAUAUGUUAAUGUUUCAUAUGAAGGAGGCUUGCCCCCUUCCCCCCCCAAAAAAAUAUUUAGGCACCAGGCGAAAACAGUUCUCUUCAAUCGAGCAUUAGGCUGAUUUAACCUUCUGUGAUCUUUUAAAUGUAUCGGGGGGCGGGGUUAUUGGUUUCUUCUGCUUUUGUUUUAUUGCAUAUUUUGUGUUUUUAUUUUGUAUUUUUACGCUGUGGACUUCCCUGUGAUCUUUGGAUGAAGGCCAGUAUACAAAUGAAAUGAAUGUUGUGCUCCUUUUCCCCACAAUGGUAUAAUGCGGUUAUGUUUAUGUUUUGUCAAUCUAAGUUGCUUGGAGUUUCUAGGUAACGGGUGACUAAGGAGUCAUAAUAAUAAUAACAACAAUAAUAUGCAUGCUAAUCAUAGUCUUGGUUGGGGAGGGCGGGGUAUAAAUAAAAAUUUAUUAUUAUUAUUAUUCUCUCCCCAAAUCAGACAUCGAGGAAUCAUCUAUGCGUAUGAGUUCUCGGUGGACCAGCUGGCUGCAGAGAGCAUCCUUCCUAUCUGCCGCUCCUCUUACAACGAAACAACAGGCUACAACUACAAUAUUGGCCUGGCGGUCCCCUACGACAACAUCUAGCUGCGACGGGAAGUAAGAGGUGCUGAUCAAAGGCCGACCAACGUGGAGCAGGAAGGACGGUGCCCACGUCCACAGGAAGGUGUCUGGGUCACGGCAGUGGCUGCCGCAGAAACACACGGACGAGAAUGCAAAGAUGAUCCUCAGUGAUGCCCCUAAAACCUACCUGGAUGCAGCAAGGCAGAUGAUGAUGAGGGAUGGAGCGGAUGCAGCGGGCAGGGUGUGACGCUUUGCAAAACCCAGACAUGGCGCAGUAGGAAUGGAGGAGAAGUGCUGGCCCAAAGUGACUCAGGCCCGGAAGAGGAGCAGAAGGGAGUAGUUAAAACAGGGAGCCAAGCAGGUAGAGAGACUGGACUUCCUAACCUUGGGCCCAGGCCUGAUCUUUUAGGUUACUUAUGGGGCUGGGAAAUGUGAGGGCUGGGACCAUGACCAGUGAGAUAGCAAGUGAACUACAGGACCUCUUGAAAGCAUGUGUAAAUCACUCACCAUUUCCUCCCAGGAUGUCAGAUAGCCCUUGAAACACACUUGGGAAGUUAUAACAUGCUUCUGGACAUGUUUACACAAACAACCUUUUCUAUUGAUGAUGAUGAUGGUGGUGGUGGUGGUGGUGAUGGCGUAAAGAAAUGAGCUUUGUUAAAAUUAGACUCAACCACAUCUCCUACAAUGGUUUAUUGAUGCUUUUUUUGCUUUUAAAUGUUUUCCCGUGCUUUUACCGUAUACAUUUUAUUGUUUUAAUGUUGUGAA